AGCUUGUCCUUUAUCACUGGAAGACGGAAAAGAAGUUCCCCAUUUAAAGGUGAUUUAAACAAUUUCAACGACGUUUUUUGUCACGCUUUUUAUCAGCUCUCCCUAUUUCUCUAGCAUUAUAUCUAGUAAAAACGGUUUGCAAAUAACUUGUUGAAAUUAUUCGCAAAAGCAUUACAUUUAACUAAUUGCAACCCUCAACUUAGUACUAAUUACAAUGCUAACUGAUUACCGAUUACAAGACUAUAAACUAAACUAAAAUGCAUUUUUUUAAAAAAUAUCUAAAAGACGUGCGAUACAUUCUGACACUGUGGUCGUUAUAUGGUUAUCAAAUGUUAAGUUCGGAUCCAAAUUACUCCGAAAUCAGUCUCUCGCUGAUUGCAAUGGGGAGAUGUUCUUUCCCACCAAGGACAAAUGAAAUUCGUGGAGCUUAGAGGUCAUCUGUUGGCUCCCGAAAACAAUUAAUUUCGUCUUGUCUUGAUUCAUUAAUAGCCGAUUUCUGAAACACCAGUUGCGCACCUGCAGGAGAUCUUCAUUCACUUCUUGGACAAUCCGAUGAAAGUAGUGUAAACUGAAAGAAACAAACAAUUUUGUAUCGUCUAUAUAACAUUCUGUAGAUCUACCUUGAGGGGACGCAUCAUUCAAGUGGCGGUGGAUCAGAAACGGAACUAUGAAGUUGUUAAACUUGAUAUCUAUUUGAGUGGUAGCUGUUAAACCUUUUUGGCGUGCUGAUCGAGGCGUCAACGCUUUGUGUUUUAGGCUUGUUAUGUUUGUUAUCAGUCUAUAACUAUCCUAAUCUCUUCGGCAUUAUAUGAGUAGAAAUUAUUUACUCCUUUGGAAAUAACCUGAUGGUAUGUUUCUGAUAUUUUAAAGAUUACCUGGCAAGCUUGUCCUUUAUCACUGGAAGACGGAAAAGAAGUUCCCCAUUUAAAGGUGAUUUAAACAAUUUCAACGACGUUUUUUGUCACGCUUUUUAUCAGCUCUCCCUAUUUCUCUAGCAUCAUAUCUAGUAAAAACGGUUUGCAAAUAACUUGUUGAAAUUAUUCACAAAAGCAUUACAUUUAACUAAUUGCAACCCUCAACUUAGUACUAAUUACAAUGCUAACUGAUUAAUGAUUACAAGACUAUAAACUAAACUAAGAAGCAUUUUUUUAAAAAAAUAUCUAAAAGACGUGCGAUACAUUCUGACACUGUGGUCGUUAUAUGGUUAUCAAAUGUUAAGUUCGGGUCCAAAAUUUUUCCGAGAUCAGUCUCUCGCUGAUUGCACUCGGGAGAUGUUCUUUCCCACCAAGGACAAAUGAAAUUCGUGGAGCUUAGGGGUCAUCUGUUGGCUCCCGAAAACAAUUAAUUUCGUCUUGUCUUGAUUCAGUAAUAGCCGAUUUCCGAAGCACCAGUUGCGCACCUGCAGGAGAUCUUCAUUCAUUUCUUGGACAAUUCGAUGGGAGUCGUGUAAAUUGAAAGGAACAAACAAUUUUGAAUCGUCUACAUAACCUUGUCUAGAGCAAUGCCAUGAGUUUUGUGGGGGUCUCGAAUACUACCUGGAGGGACGCCACAUUCAAGUGGCGGUGGAUCAGAAACGGAACUAUGAAUUUGAACAACUUGAUAUCUAUUUGUGAGGUUGCGGUUAAACCUUCUUAUCGCACUGAUCUAGGCGUCAACACUUUGUAUUUUACGUAACAAUAUUUGAUGGUCAACGUUGUCGAAGGCUUUUGUUGUCCUUUUGUUUUGUGGUAAGCCAUUCCUGUGUUGUCAAACAGAUGCCAAACUGAUUACAAGCUACUCUCUCGCAAACCUUUGACGAUGCAGGUAGCAGGGAAAUUGGUCCUUUAUUGUUAAGAAGUUCGUGGUUGCCUUGGUUGGAAUAGGUGUAAUUUAGGCAGUUUCCAGACCUCUGGGAAUGUUGAAGAUAAAAGAGAAGCAUUAAUGACUGACGUGAUAAAAGGGAUUGUGAUCGGCAGGCUGUCCUUGUUUACAAUCAACAUAAUUAAAUGUAAAUUGCUCACUAGUAGGAAAACAUCUAGGAGUAAAAGCGCUUUCAUAAAGAACGAAGUUGUGCCCUUCAGCCAAAGAUUCGAUUUUGGAAUUAGUUGCAAAAGCCAGUUAGCGAUUUGUUUCAGUGUACUGUGCGUUUAAGAGAUUACAAUUUAAGUCCCCCGUUAUGUAUACAGGCUUGUCCAGAGAUAACGAGUAAAUCAAAUUGGCUGUCAAAUCGUCCUCCAAACAGGUUUAAUGAUCCUCUUCAAGCUUAUGCAAGAUUCCUGAAAAGUUUGCUAUUUUAUAUAACAAAUGUUUCUCAUUAAAAAGAAAAAGAGCACGACCUCAAGUUAUUAAGAAACGUUGGAUUAACUGCAGGUCUUGCCCAAUCUAUAAAGAAAAAGGAAAUGUAUAAACAGUUUCUUAAAGAUCCAGAUCAGGAAAGUGAACAGCUCUAUAAGAAGUAUGAAAACAAAUUGAGUCAUUUAUUAAGAAUCUCAAAACGUUAAAACUACGAAAAGAAACGAGAUAAUUAUUAAUCCCAUCCUAAAGGUACGUGGAGAAUACUCAAUGAGGUACUUAAUCGAAGAAAAAAUUAAUUAGAUCUUCCUUAUUCGUUUAUUAUGGGAAAUGUUGCGUGUGAAGUAAAUUCCUUGUUUCUUGAUUCCGCAUCUAGGCAGGAAAUAAUCAAUAUUUGCAAUCCUCUUCGGCACAGAGUUGUAGCUGGUUGUGAUAACGUCCCAAAUAAUUGACUUAAUUUCUGAUCCUCUUUAUCACAUAACAAAUCUUUCUAUUAGGUCAGGUGUUGUACCUGACUUGUUUAAAAUAGCGCGUGUAAUCCCGAUCUUUAAGAAUGGUGAUAAACAUGUUUUUUAGUAAUUAUAGACCCGUGGCCAUUCUACCGAUAUACGGGUAGUAUACAAUUGUCUUCUAAGCCUUUUAAAUAAGCUUAGUAUCUUGUCUAAAAAUCAGUUCGGAUUUAGGUAAAACCACUCGAUCUCUCUAGCACUUAUACAGUUAUAAGACAAAAUUCCACCAGCUGUUUUUAAUGGAGAUGAUACACUGUUGGUAUUUUUCUUGCCGUAUCUUAGGCUUUUGAUACAGUUAAUCAUGAAAUUAUACUAUUAAAAAUCGAACAUUAUGGAGUCCGUGGGACUGGUCAAGAUUGGUUUAAAAGUUAUCUUUUCAAGAGAAAAGAAUUUGUUCAAUACAAAGGUCAUUGUUCUUCUACCCAAUGUGUUAAUUGUGGCGUCCCACAUGUUUCUAUUCUUGGAUUUUCUUGUUUUAUAAUUAAUGUUAAUGAUAUUUUUGAUGUGUCGAAAGAAUUGGAAUUUAUUUCAUUUGCCGAUGAUACUAAUUUCUUCCUUUCUCAUAAAAAAAUUAAUUUUCUGAUACUGAAGGUGAAUUUUGAAUUGAUUAAGUUAACCUCUUGGUUCCAAACGAAUAGGCUGUCAAUUGAUAUCGAGAAAACCCAAGACAAAAGAGGCAAACGCUUGAUCAUUUAACAGUAGAGCUUUGUGAUUAUAUUUUAGCUCUGGAAAGUGAAACUGUUUUUCUAAGGGUGAUUUUGGAUGAGCGUCUGUCAUGGAAACCGCACAUUGCUUAUUUAGCUUCUAAAAUUUCCAGGUCUUUAGGUGUUAUCUCCAAGUCAAGCUUUUCCCUUUAUAAAUUUGCUUUGCCUACACUCCAUUUCUCCCUUGUCUAUCCCCAUUUGCAAUAUUGCGUAAGUGUUUGGGGAUCGACCUAUCCUUUUAAUUUAAAACGCCUCGUACAGCUGCAAAAACGAGCUAUUUGAAUCAUCCGUAAAUCUUGUUAUGAUGCUCAUACGGACCCAAAAAUGAUAUGUAUCUAGCAGAAAUACGUAAAAUAAUGUUUCAAUAUAAAACUGGGUUGUUACCAGAUAUAUUUAAUAACACGUUUAUUCCAAGGAAUCAGGUUCAUACUCAUGAUACCAAGAAUGAUAGUUCAGAACUAAGUGCUAAGCAUACCGAGCAAAAUCCUAGAGUCUUGUGUCACCGACUCUAUUGUAGAUCACGUCUUCACUAGCAAUCAGCUAGUAACUGAAUAUCAGUGGGCCUACCCUAAGGGCCACUCUACUGACUUGCUGUUAGCACAACUAAGAUAGACCUGGAGACGCGCCCUAGACUCCAACCUCGUCGUUAGCGUAUUAUUUAUUGACUUCUAAAAAGCUUUUGAGAGCAUUUCUCACAGAAUUUUAAUCCACAAAAUUGAGCAUAAUUACGGGAUCAAGGGGAACCUAUUUGACUGGGUAGGAGACUAUCUGAGUGAAAGAAACCAAUACACUGUUGUAAAUGGAGAACUUUUAGACCGAGCUUUCGUAACUUCUCGCGUCCCUCAAGACUCCGUGUUGGGACCAACACUUCUCGCCCUGUGCACCAGCGAUCUACCUGAGGAUGUUAUUUCUGCAUCUCUCUACAUGCAUGUAUGCUGACGACACGACCAUCUAUUGUGUAGGUGAGUCAGUAGACUCCGUCUCCUACAUGCUCAAUGUAAGAAAAAAAAUGCACUAAAGGAAUUACAAGACUGGAGUUUAAAGAACCACCUAGUACCUCACCCUAAAAAGUGUGAAGCAGUGAUGUUACUACGAGGUAGUUUUACUGGCCCGCUCAACGCUCUCAUACUGUGCAACCACAAGAUAAAAUGGGUGACCCACGCACGAUUGUUAGGCGUGACUAUCGAUAACAAACUUACAUGACCUCAGCGUAUUUUAGAAGUGAAGAAAAGUUUUGUUAACAAAUUAAACUUACUAAAGCGUAGUUCCUUUUUACCACGUAAUAUACUCUUAGACUUAUAUAUUGAGACGUUAAAGUCGUCUAGUGUAAAAACGGGACGCACAAAAGUAGACGACCUUAUUUAACAAGAACGCUCUUAGUAGCGUUGAGUCUCGCUUGCUGAGAUGAGUUGAGGAGAUGAGUUUUGUUGUCAAAGGCCCCGAUGCCGUUAUACUACUUUUUUGUUUGGAAUACAAAACGAGUGUUGUAUGUCAUAAUGUAUAUACUCAAAAAGUAAAAAUUGCAAGGAGAGACAGGCCGCACAUCUUAACCGCAAACCGGUGUGAAACCUUUGAAAACCUUCUACAUAUUGAUAUUACUCCAUUGAGGUGUACUCUUUCAGGGAUUCUACACUCGAAAAAUUAAACGAUGAUUUUUAUCGGUAUCAGGGGCCCAUGACACUGUCAGUAUAAAUAUACAUAGCUUCUUUGUACCGGACCAAGAUACGGCUCGGUACAGUAAUGUUCAGUACAGGAAAAAAGUGUAAGUUGAACAGAACCUUAUACAACAAACAGUUAAUUCAGUUCGCGCGUAUUCCUCUUGAAUUUGUUGUCUGUUUUAUAAGAUAUCAAUAUCGCAUGAAAGUAAUGACAUUUUCCAUAGCUGCUUAGUAUCUACUUUUAAUAUCUCCGUACAGUCUCAGAGUACAAUGUUUAGAGUUGUACACAGCAUGCAUUUUAGAUAGAUAGAUAGAUAGAUAGAUAGAUUGAUAGACUGAUAGAUAGAUAGAUAGAUAGAUUGAUAGAUAGAUAGAUAGAUAGAUAGAUAGACAGACAGACAGACAGACAGACAGAUAGAUAGAUAGAUAGAUAGAUAGAUAGAUAGAUAGAUAGAUAGAUAGAUAGAUAGAUAGAUAGAUAGAUAGAUAGAUAGUACAGCGAACGGGGUUAUGUUCUGUGAAAUUUAUCUACAGUCUGCGGCCCACAUCAUCACUGAUCCACGAUUUAUUUAUUUAUUUUAUUUUCAAGUCCUUUUUAACCAAUCCUUGAUCCCUGAUUUCUCGAUCCUCGAUCCUCGAUCCUGAGUUUCCAGUAAACCUUGAAGUUUUGCUCAUUAAGAUUAUUCUUUUUUUUUCGACCACUGAAGUGAUCAGUUGUUCCAAAAUAAUCAACGCUUUCAAGCCAUAGAAUUCUCGGACCAACCCGUUCCGGAAAAGCUCGAUAUGGGAUUUCUAUUAACUAUGGACAUGAAGUGCUGCAAGUAGAGUGUGAGGUUAGUCAAGUUCAAAGCUACCCGUACAAACACAUCCGUGACACGUUAGGGUGGAUUGCCACUGAUGCGUUUUUGGCUCCGCACGUUAACGCACGUAAAUUUUAAUCACGUAAAUCAAAUAGAGGUAAGAGAGGAUAGAGGUUACGCUUACAUAAUUGUACGUGCAGCCUUUCAUACAUUCCCUUUAUUUUAUUUGCGAACGCAAAUUUUACCCACGUGCGCACGUAAAAAUUACGUGACAGUGGAUUCUUCAUAUCUCAACUAUUCAUGAAGUGCAACACGACUUCACAUCGUAACAACUGCGAAAAUCUAUCAAUUAAAUACAUAAAACAAAGUGAAUCUAUUUAACCGUACAUUUCCUGUAAUUGCGACAGUAUUCUGAGAAACGUAACGCCUUAAAAAGCCACAAACUCCUGAGGAUUUCCCCGCUAUAAUAUUUUCUCAUCCUGCUUGGGGAUGUGCCUGCAUGUCGUGCAUAAUUACACGAAAAUCAAAGGCCUCUAUUCGAGGAAACAUGAUUACGUCAUUGCCAAACUUACAUGCGUCAUUUUAGUCAUCGCCGAAAUAAACUGCAUUCUCAUCACGAGACUCAUUUCCAUACAAUGAAAGUCGUCACGAUUCUUAUGCCCAGUUUCCACGGUCUUCGAUAAGAACGCGGGGCCUUCAAACUAGGUCCGACGAAAAAAAAAAAAUGACUGCAUUUUAAGAGUCUCGCUCUGCUCAAGCAAGCGAGACUAAAAAAGUAGAUUUUUCUGAAAAAAGGACUAGGCUCUACUCUCGGAAGACACUGGACACGAGUUAAAGGGACACCAAAAAUGAACUUCAAGCUCGCGAAAUGCGAACAAAUUGUUCAAACUGUAACAUGGCGGCGGCGGUACAACUUUUAAAGUCUAUUUCUCGCCGUCGCCAAGAAAGGCAUGACUUAGAAAUGCAGAUGUUGGUAACACAGAAAAGUGAAUCGAGAAAGCGAAAACCUCAGAUGAUGGAAGAUGAUGAGUGCAAGAGUGUCCAAAGUUAAUGCAAAUUCAGUUCGGUCGUCUGCGAGAACAGAUGCAAACUCCUUAAGUUCAUCCUCACUCCACUUUCUACCACAAGACUUCUUCAUGCUCUUCUUGGCCGCCAUGAUGUUUUGCACUCGUCCCAGUCGUCUCUGGACGAGUCGAGCAUAAAUGCGUCCUAGUUUACGACGUCCCGUCUUUAUACAAGACGACUUUAACGUCUGAGACGUUAAAGUCGUCUGUUAAGUGCGUCGUUCGGACACACUUAACAGAAGACGUUAAAGUCGUCUGCCUUAUUUACCGUUUUUAUAGUAGACGUUAAAGUCGUCUUAAGACGACUUUAACGUCUCAGACGACUUUAACGUCGCUAGCAUAAAAACGGCCAUUUACGGGAUGACUUGAGAAUAGAUAUUAUAGAAAAUGUGUGUUUAACUAGUAUUUAUCAUUCUCCUGUUUACCCAUAUCUCAUAUAUGAAUGCUUAUUAUGGGAAAAUAAUUAUAAUAAUCCAUUAUCACAGCUUAUACUUCUUCAAAAUAAAGCAGUUAGAAUAAUGAAUGACGUUCUUUUACGAGAUCAUAUCACCCCUCAUUAUGUUCAUCUACAGCUGUAGGUUUAUUAAUAUUUCGUGAUAUUGUCAAAAUUUACAAUUGUUUGUUUUUGUAUGAUCAUCUCUCUGAUAGUAAGCCGUGUAAUUUUAGAUUAUCUUUUGUAUCUUAGCAACAUAAUUAUUUACACGAAUUGCAUCUGCUCAGCAAUUACACAUUCCCUACUCAAGAAUUAAUAUUCGAGAGUUUUGCCCUACCGUCAUUGGAAAAUACUAUUGGAACGAUCUCCCCCUUUCUAUUUGCAAUAAAUCAUCGAAAAUCCUGUUUAAAAAGGCACUUAAAAAAUAUUAUCUUGCUCAAUACUGACGUGUAGGUGUGUGUGUGUGUGUUUGUGUGUUUCAAUGAAUGACAAAACUAUAAUAGGAUAAAGUCAAUCUUGUUAAAGGGCCAUAAUUAGUCUUACUAUAAUGCGCCCUUCUCCGAUCUAAAUUUUCUUGCUGACAUUAUGUACACGUACUUUAAACAACCUUCUACUAAUUUAUUGUACAACGGAUUUAUUAUAUAUAGAACGGAGUAAAUAAAAAUACAAAUACAAAUCACGGUUUUCACAUGACGCCACCAAAAUUCAAAACAAAAAACUAUCGAUCAUACCGAGAUUUUACUUUCACGAUGCAUUAGCGCAGCUGAAAACUAAUUUUCAUUCAGAUCUUCGCUUCAAAAGGGCUCUUGGUUUUGUGAUAGAGUACGCUUGAAUUUCUAAGCCUUUGCGUGACGCGGCAGUUACAUGACGGCCAAGAGAGCUGUAGGUUAAAAAAAUGCCUUAUUUCAUGAUCAGGAAAUUUUGCUAUCUAAACAGUUCAUGUAUUACAAAAAGUAUUACUUUAAUGUUUAUUAGUUUCUCGAAGAAUAAAUUCACGCUUUUGCCGCAAAACUCGGUAACAGACGUUUCUGUUGGUUUCCUUCCGCCAUGUUGGAGCUCAUCGAGGUGAGCACCAGUACGGCGUCUCCGUACAAAUCUCUAUAAUUUUGGGUAAAACAUUUCUUCGGAUAUCUCGUAUACGAAAUAUUCCUCUGACCUGAAUCUUGGCGAGGGUCUUUGUAUAUGUACCUCCUUUCAUUUCCCAGAUUCUGGGCUUUAUCUAUUGAACGGUUUUUAUUUUUAUUUUGAUCUACUUGGAAUGGCGUGACACUGAAAACCAGCAAUAGAGCAUCUAUUGUGUGGGACCUUCUUACUACUGAUCUUGAAAAGACACCCAACGUUAAAAAUUACACUUGAAUGGCCUCUAAACCUGACAAUCUACGUAAUUUAGAUUUUCGGGCUGAAUCUCCACAAACAAUUCCUCACAAAAUUAAUGAUAAUUUUGUUGUAUUAUUAAGACGAUUUUAAUAUACUUUUUAUGCUUAAGGUUUAGUUAGGUUAAAUGCACGACCCUAUAAGCGGCAACGCUUUAAUCACCAUCGUGUUCAAAUAAGAGUUGAAGAACUAACAUAAGGCGCUUUUCAUUUCAAUACCAAGGUCCCUUGUAUUUUAAUUCACUUAGUCCAGACAUUCUAAGCUCAGUUAGUUUAUAAAAUUUUAAGAAAAAGCUGAAGAAACAUCCUUUUACUUAUCUUGUUCCUUUCCCUGAAUUCCACUUUAUCGGCUUUUUGGUUUGUUUUUAUUUAUUUCUUUAUUAUUUUUUUAAAUUACUAUGUUUUGAUUCCUUAUUUCAUCGUAUUAUCGUUACUCUGCCUUCGCCGUUCACUUUAAUUAAUGUUAAGUCUAUCUUUUUUAAUUUAACAGGGAAAGUCCACGUUGUAUAACCCACAUGGUUUCUUUGGGUUUUCCUGUCAUUUUCUAACGAUUCUUGUAAUCUGUUUCUGUUAUAAUAAGGUGGCAAAAUACAUUUAAAAAAAGCGUCUUUAAGGAUGUGAGCUUACUCUUACGUUUCACCCAGGUUAAAAGUAGAUGUUCUGUGAAGCUCACUAAAAGAAGCAGCCUCAACAGACCUUUAUCUGCAGUGCUCCUAUGGGGUAAUUUCUUUCUACCGUCAUCAACUUUUCCCUCCUUUCUUUCAGUGCACUAAACUGAUUUCUACUUAAUUUGUGCCAUUUCGCUUGCUUUUCACCGAGUUACUUUGAUAACUCUUCUUUUUUGUUUGCCGCAAGAGUCAAUUGUGGUGUUGAGUCAAAAGGACAAGUAAAUUUUUCUGCAGAAUCUUGUUGGGCACAAAACACACUAAUAUCUCACUCAGUAUAACGUCUAAGGGAGACAAAUAAAUUAUUGAAAGUUAAAUGGUUAUUAAAAGCUCUCAGUUGCAUAAAUUAAUAAUAGGGUAAGGGUCUCUGUAAGUGUCUCAUGUUUUAUUUUAUCAGGGGAUGAUUAUGUUGAAGUGCCCACUCUGUUACAAUAAACUGCAAAAUCUGCAGCCAGGACCUUAUGCACUAAUAAUUGAUAGGUUCUUUAGUAAAUGUGUCUUGUAAUGCCAUUCUGUAAGACUAUUUCUGUACUCUAGCUCGUUUUUUUUUUUUGUUUUGUUUUGUUUUUGUUUUUUUGUAAUUCUCACCUAUCCGCAUAUUUUAUGUAGCUUACUUUAAUAUAAUCUUCAUAGCUUCUUUUAAUCUAAUAUUUACGACUGCUGUAACCUUUCCACUCUGCCCGCCUUGUCUAGCUCUGGCUAUUUGCGGGUCGAAAUGGCAAAACGAUGUGUGCAAAAAUAAAUAAAGUAUAAUAAAGUAUCAAUCAAACAGUCAAUCAAAAGCUUUGUUAGAGUGUCUAAGCUCAAGUGGUGCACUAAUCGGGGACAUCAAUGUUUGUAGUAGGUAGCCUGAUAAAUUCCUUAAGGGUGCAAUUCACUUCUAUUAAAUAUUAAGAGGGAGUCUCCCUAAAACCGGUCCACUGCGUUUCGGGUCGGAAAAUCGAUUUUUCCCUUUAAACUUUGCCCAUGAAUUUAUCUUGGUCCAAAAGUAAUUGACAACUGCAUUAGUUUUUGGAAAUAUUUCAAAACACAAUUUUUCGGGAGGAAAAUCACUUCAGCGCCCGGCGGCCAAAUUUUUUGCAGUGACAAAAAUACAAAUAGCGCGUAUUGCCGAGUUUACCACCUCAAAGUUUUUCACUUUCAACGGUUCUUUUCACUUCAUAGGAUUAAACUGGUUCUUAAAAUGCGUAAAGCACACGAUUUUGGUCCUUCAAAAGCAACUGAUAUGUACUAAAUAUUUUUUUGAUUUAUACCCACUUUGCUGUAGGUUUAAAAGGGCUCAAAAUGCAUAUUUUCAUCCUAUCACUGUGCAAAAUUCCCACAUCUUCUAAACAAUACAUCUUUUCAGACCAACAAAACGAAUGUCCAAAAACAUAGAGAGAUAAGAAUGUGUUGAGAUUUAAGCGAUUUAUCAGCAAAGCCGAUCGACGAAGUAUGCCUAUUUUCUGUUAUGACUGUUUAUAAUACACAAUGGAGGGUCUUAAUGCAAGGCCGCAAAUCAACACAAUCAACACAACACAGUGAAUAUCGCCGUUCUUGUACGUUUUUCAUCGUACUAACAGCUACCAACAUGGGAAACAAAGAUUUAGAUAAAAAACGACCGAGGAUAAGCAGCUCUGGCACCGACACGGAAUCCAUCGAAGCAGCCCAAGAUGGCGCCUACAUCAAAAUGACGCUAACAGAUUAUCAAAGUUUCUUAUUAAGACUUACAGCUAUCGAAGACAACACUAAAAUCCGCGAACAACGAACUCUUAAUCUGGAGGCUAGACUAGACGAAGCCCAAGUUGAAAUACAAGCCUUAAAGAAACAACUCCGUGAAGUCGAUAAGACAGUGAACAACACUAAAGAUUCCCUUGAGUUCACCCAAGGUGAGCAUGACGACCUUGUGGAACGCGUCGCGAACUGCGAAAACGAGCAGUCAACUUGUUGGGAUGAGCUGACUCAUUUAAACAUCUAUAGUCGUCGAUGGAAUCUAAUUUUCUACAGAGUCAAUGAGUCCAAAGACGAGGAUUGGUUCUCGCUGGUACGUGACGUCUUAACCCGAAAUUUAAACCUACCACAAGACGAAGUCUCGAAUAUGAAGCUUUGUGGGGCACACCGUCUUGGCAAGCCAAACAGAAACAGAGCCCGACCUCUCAUUGCUCGCUUCACGUGUCGUGCUGACAGAGAUCGUGUCUGGAAGGCUUGCUACAGGCUGAAAAACUCGCGUAUUUCAAUGGGUGAAGACCUACCGAAGCACAUACAAGAAAUCAGGAAAAACAUCCUUAUCCCUGCGAUGAAGAAGAUAAAACAAGAAACACCUAGCCACAAAGCUUCCGUCAUAGGAGAUAAGUUAGUUGUUAAGGAAAAGUUUAUUUUCAUUAUGACGUGCCGAAGAAAUGGCUCCCUGUCAACUCUUCAGUGAAUACCCAUGACGAUUAUGGCAAUGGUACAGCCGAACAGCAAGAACCACUGCAAAGUCAAGAAGAAUCCUCUGCUGUUAUGGUCCAAUCCAAAGAACUGCUUAGUCAAAGCGAAUAGGUGACGCUUUUUCUGUAAGUCCAAUCCUUUCACAAAACUUUGAAAUUAACUCUUAGUUGAAAAUCAGCUUUAUUUUUACUCCGUUGCUUCUUGCCUUUAAAAUCAUGCUCUAGUUUUGUGUUUCCAAAAACGAGGACUUAAUUUCGACCCUGAGAUGGAACUCGCUAUUUUCGUGCUUCCCUUACUGUAACCAAAUUUCCACUUGCACCUUUCAAAAUGGCAAAUCCGUUUAUUUUACAUUCAGAGUCAAAGUCGUUGUUAUUGUGGAUGCUUUCUACGUCCCUUGUUAUGCUACCCUCUCAAGUACGCCAAACCACUUUCGUAUGGUGCGUUCGAAGGCCUUUUUCAGCGCCUUUUUUAUUUUUGUGUUUAUGUUUCUUAAGUAAUGUUUGUCAAAGUCCUUUGAUAAUUUAUUUUAUUUCUACUAGAAGUUUGAACACUUUAAUCACCAAAACACUGCAUUCACAUUCACACUUCGGCCAAAAGACAGCUGUCAAAGUCCGCCGUUGCCAGCGCAAUUUUCUGACUUUUUCCCUUUGUCCCGUAGACGCCUUUAAAACCUAGUUUUAAAUUCCAGUCCUUAAACGUAAGAGGAUUGAAUAAGUCGAUCAAUCUUCCGUUGGUUACAUAAUCAAAAAUUCCAUUUCACAUUCUUUCAAGAAACCUACAGCUCUAAAGAAUGUGCCCAAUUUUGGGAAGCUGAAUGGGGUGGGAAGGUUUAUUUUAGUCACGGCAGUUCACACAGCAAAGGCGUCAUGACUCUCGUUAAUCCGAACUUAGAUGUCAAGGUCAAAAAAUGCAUCCAAGACACGAAUGGCAGGUUUCUUAUACUUGACCUAUUAAUUGAUGAGUUGCAUCUAAUUCUAGUGAAUAUUUAUGCCCCGAAUGACGCGAAACAGCAAGUCACGUUUUUUAAAGAGCUCGAAAAUCAGCUUGAAGAUUUUGCCCAAGAGAAUACUAUUAUCGCAGGUGACUUCAACUGCGCUCUUUCUGAAAAUGACAAAAAAGGUGGAAAUCCAGUUGGAAAAAAUCCAUAGUCAUUAAAGAAGUUCAGCAUCUUGCGAACCUCUAUAAUUUAACAAACAUUUGGCGCGAUCGCAAUCCGAACGACAACCGCUUCACUUGGAGAAACAAAUCGCUAAAAAUCCAAUGCCGACUAGACUUCUUUUUAAUUUCAAAAGAACUCAGCAGUGACACACAUGCUUGCAAUAUAAUUAACGCCCCUGAAACUGAUCACUCGGCUGUCACUUUACAUCUUAAGACAGAAGAUUUAUUGCAACCUAAAGUUCCUGGUUUUUGGAAAUUUAAUAAUACUCUAUUAGACGACGAAGACUUCACUUCCGCAAUCCGUGGAAGUCUACCGGAUUUCAAAGAUAAAUAUGCUGACCUGGAUGACUUAGGUCUAAAAUGGGACUUAAUUAAAAUGGAAAUUCGCGGAUUCACAUUCAAGUAUUCAAAAAUCAAAGCUAAGAACAAGAGGAAUGAAGAGGCUGCCCUUCAAAAUAAAGUUAAUGAACUUAUGCAAAAGUGUGAACAAAACCCUAGCGACAAAAGAAUAUUGAACGAGCUUUACGCGACAAAAUUGCGCCUUCAAACGAUCAUGCGACAAAAAACAAAAGGCGCCAUUCUUAGGAGCAAAGCUCGGUGGCAUGAGUUUGGUGAGCGAAAUUCCAAAUACUUCUUCAACCUGAAAAAACGAAAUCAUUUUAAAAAAACAGUCACAAGGCUCAAACUUCGUAACAAUCAGGUAACUUGUGAUCAGUUUGAGAUACUACAAGAACAAAAACCUUUUUUUGAAACUCUUUACAAGUCGCAAAAUUCCCAGGAUAAUCUGCCUGAAUCUAAUUUAUUCAAUUUAGAGAAUAUUGAUCCGCUAGAUGAAAACGAACAAAUACUGUCUGAAGGCAUGAUUUCAAAAGAAGAAUGCUUAACUGCCUUAAAAGAGUUUAAAAACAAUAAAACGCCAGGAACUGAUGGUUUUUCUGCAGAAUUCUACAAAUUCUUCUGGAGUGAUCUUGGCACUGAGAUGACUGCCAGUUUUAACUAUGCUUUCCAAAAAGGUUCACUAUCUAUCAGCCAAAAGCGCGGAAUUAUUUCACUCAUCCCCCAAAAAAGCAAAGACAAAACCUCUACUAAACGUUGAUUACAAAAUUCUGACAAAAUCUAUUGCAAAAAGACUAGAAAAAGUCCUUCCUAAAAUCAUAAACCCUGACCAAACUGGUUACAUUAAAGGACGCUUUAUCGGUGAAAACGUUAGACUAAUUCAAGAUGUAAUGUCUCACACUAAGCAGGAAGAAAAACCCGGUAUUGCCAUAUUUCUUGACUUUCGAAAAGCGUUUGAUACAAUAGAAUGGAAGUACUUAAGAGCCGCUUUACAAACGUUUAAUUUUGGCCCUGACAAACUCAACUGGUUUCAAGUUAUUUACAACCAAGCAUCGAGCUGUGUACUGCAUAAUGGUCAUGCAUCGGACUUCUUCCUUCUCUAGCGAGGUGUGCGACAAGGUUGCCCACUGUCUGGCCUCCUUUUCGUCGUUGGAAUCGAACUGUUAGCUAGAGUACUUAAGAAAGACCAUACUAUUAAAGGCAUCCAAGUCGGUCAGAAGGAAAUUAAGAUAACUCAAUACGCAGACGAUACCACCGUUUUGGCGCGAGAUCUCGAUUCUGUCACACAAUUACUAAAACAUUUAGACAAAUUCAAGCAGAUCAGUGGUCUCGAAAUUAACACAAACAAAACCGAAGCGUUGUGGUUAGGAUGUUGGAGGUCGCGCAAAGACAAAUGGCCUCAAGAACCAGUCUAUGCCCUUGGUAUACACUUUUCCUAUGACUUAAAGCAAGCCAACACCCUUAACUUUGAAGAAAAGGUUUGUUCUUUAGAAAAAACACUCAACAACUGGAAAAAAAGAAAGCUAACUUUAAUUGGCAAAAUCAAUAUUGUCAAGACAUUAGGUUUCUCGAAACUCAUAUAUUGCAGUUAGUUACUGACCGUUUCUAAAUCCCUUAUAGACAGAAUUAAUAAGAUUAUUUUCAGCUUCAUUUGGGAGGGUAAGCCUCCCAAAAUUAAGAAAAAGACUAUCAUUGGUGAAAAACACUGUGGGGGCCUAAAAAUGAUUGACUUUGAAAUCAUGGAGCGGUCGCUAAAGAUUGCUUGGAUAAAGCGUAUUGCUGAAUCAAGUAAUGCAUCGUGGAAAAAAAUCCCAAAUCAAGCUCUUAACCCAAUACGGAGGUCUAGAGUUCCUCAUCGAAUGCGACUACGAUCCUAAGCUACUCAACUUAGAAAACCUCCCUGAGUUUUACCGCACCAUUUUAAAUUACUGGCAUGACUUCAGAAGACUAACCUGUGACAAGCAAAUUUCCAUUAAAAAAAAACAAAUAAUUUGGAAUAACCGUAACAUAUGUAUUGAUGGAAAACCGAUUUAUAUUAAAUCCUGGUGUACAAGUGGAAUUCGUUGCAUCGAAGACCUUCUAAAUGUUAACCUUAAAUUUCUUACCUUAUCAGAAAUGAAAGAGAAAGAUAACUUUGAAUUUCCUUUUACCACUUAUUACGGCCUUUUAAGAGCCAUACCAACUGAAUGGAAAAGUGCACUACGAGUCAAAGCAGGCGUGCAUGAUGAAUCUGAAAAGUGCGAAACAUGCUUGAAGCUUUUUUCCACAAAAGAAGCUUAUUCUUCCAUACUUGAUAAAAGCUUCUCAGCACCCACUGCUGAAGGCAGAAUUCUAGAUCAUGGGUUCACCAAAGAGGAAAUUCCUUACAUCUACAUGCUCCCGUUCAAAAUCUUGAAAGAACCAAAACUGAUCAUGUUCCAAGUCAAAAUUAUUCACAACAUUUUACCUACCCAAUCUAGCCUCUUCCGCGCGCGCAUAACUGAUACUGAUGUUUGUCCUUUAUGCAACCUUGAAAGUCAAUCUCUAAAACAUAUGUUAAUUACCUGUAGUGUAUCCUUUUCGUUUUGGACUUGUUUUUCUAACUGGUGGCACGAAAAAUUUAAUCACAAACUGACUUUAUCUGAAAGCACUAUUCUAUAUGGUUGGCACAAAGAGUCAAAUAACUGGGAAGUGCUUAAUUACUGUUUGAUUGUCGCCAAAUAUAAUGUUUUUGCUACAAGCGUACGCAACGGCAUCCUGGACUUUGACAGUUUUCUACUGCGUCCCAACAACAAAACUGAGAUUCUUCGCACCAUAGCUUUUAGAUCUAACCGCUUAUCGCAAUUCAAAAAAACAUGGGACAAACUUCUUUAGAUACGUGAAUGCUAGUGUCAUUUCCUUCAAGCUACACUUUACUGCUAUACUGUUUCACUUAUCAGGUUUGCGUCUUUUUCCUUUUAAUUUAGUUUGUUUGUUUGUUUUUUUCCUUUACAAAUUUCGUUUGUUUUUUGCAAUAUAGAUAUAUAUAUUAUUUUUCGUAGUUAAAAUAACAAGUAUUUGUAAUUAUUUUUUUUUGUCAAUAAAUAAAUAAAAAAUAAAAAAAUAAAAAAAUAAAAAAUAAUAAUAAUAAUAAUAAUAAUAAUAAUAAUUUAUUAAAUGUAUCAAGUAUUUUAAACUUUUUGUGACUUUCAGCACAAUAAAACAUCAUUUAGGAAAGGAAAGCCUGAUCCGAUCGAGACAGUGGUCUUCGCUGUGUACACAAAAAGGAUAUUACAUGAUAGCGGGGCUCCCUCGCGCGCGAAGCGCGCGUGGGACAGACCCCAUAGCUAAGGAAAUCUGCCCAUCCCAGAAAAUUUGGUAAUCACGUGACCGACCGACCGAGCGACCGAGCGACCGAGCGACCGAGCGACCGUCCGUCCGCACCACAGGCAUACCAAUGUUUACUCUCACACUUUCUAGCUACUUUGGGAGCCCAGGAGAAAGCUGAUUGCACAUCAAUGUUGUCAUCAAUUGACAGCUGUCAAAACAGGGUAUCCGCUGACCACCAUCACCUGACCGAAUCGCGGGCUCAGGGGUCGAUCCAUCGAGGUCGAGUAUUUUUUGAAGUUAUCCGCUGACAAUUUACUCGUUUUCAAAUGAUCGCAGGCUCACGUUUACUUUUGUUUUAAAUUCAUAUCAAAUAUGUUGUGUUUAUGUCAGUAUCGCCCCGCACUAUUACGAUUUUGAUUUCAAACUGACUUCAGACGCAAAAAUUCAGCCAGUUUUUUUUAAAAUACAGGCGGGGAAGACCUUUUCUUACCAUGGUCACGUGUUGGUCACGCUCCACGUCCAAUUUUUAUGCUAUGAUUGGUUAAAAUUUGACAGGUGAGUUCAUGCGUAAAAUUUAUGCAGCAUUUUGAAAGUUGUUUACUUUGACAGCUGAAGCUGACAGAGUUUUGAGUCAACUUGUGAUGUUUUUAACUGUCUUUUUCCACUGGAUGUACAAAAUGAAAUACAGCUGCUAUCCAGAGUGUUCUCUUAUUCAUGGCUCGUUUGUUUAUUGGGUUUUUGGUUGAAAAAUGCGUCGCUUGUCAAAGCCGAUAAACCGAUUUCGGAUGGCAUCGUUUUUGUUUUUCACCUUCCUGGAUGCGUGCGAGAAUUAUAAAGGCUCAAGCGAUCCUUGCCUUACUUGAUAGCUUUCAAGAGCUGCAUCUCGAAAUAUGGUGAGCCUGAGUAAUUAUUGUAUUUAUAUCUAAUUUCAUGAAGUCCAGCGGUGCAUUUUAUGAAGCUAGUUUUUGCACGUUUGUAUUAAGAUUUGACUGAGACAGUGAUCUGACCUAGUAUGAGGUUUGAUAUAAGCUUAAGCUUACAGAACUUUUAAAAGCCUUUAGUCGAUAUUAAUUCACCGUGAAUACAAAGAAAAAACUUUCCGAAGAAUAUUUAGUUUAAUUUUGGCUGUAGAAAGAAAGCUUUGAGCGAUUUUCUUGUCGUGAGUUCAUCUUUGAAGACAGCAAACACCGGGAAACCGGCGGCUUAAAACAUAAACUUUAAGCUUACUAGUAAAGACUUGAGGAUUCUUAGACACACUUAAAUACUCAUUUGUUUUCGUGAAUGAAAAUUGUUGUCUCUGUAAAUGUUCUAUCGGUUAUUUUUCUUUAUUGAUUUUUGGUAGCCUCAAAAGUGUAAUUUUCAUCGCUUUGCCGUUUGUUUUCAGGCGUUCAUAAACAUCGCUCGCAGGAGUACUCAAAAUGCCAAGCGUAUCAAACGCUUUUUAAGAUUACACAUCGUUAUAAAACCGUUAAUAAGAAAUAGACUCAAUGAAUUCUUUAUCACGUUGAAGCGUAACUCUUUUAAAAUUUCUUCGCAAAUUUGGCGCUUGUCAAAAGUUAGAACCGGCUGGCCGUAUAGGUGAUUUUGGAAAUUUUUUGAACGGUUUAGCAAAUUAAAAGUCCACGCGUGCCUCUAUGGUCCUGAAUAUUGAAUGAAUGCAAUUUGUCUUGAAAAAUUGUGAAAUAGUACAUUUUGUACGAGGUCUGUAUGAUAAAAACAGCGCCUCAUAGUACUCUUUCUCCUCAGAUGUGGUGUAUAAAAAAAAUAAACGAUUGGUUUGCACGCACCCAGAUUUAUUGGCAAGAAUUUGUAAACUUGUCGAACGCAAAAAAUUCGGUCUGAUUUGUUUUCCAUGAAUUUGUUUUGCACGCUUUAUCUACUGUGAUCAAGAGCCAUCAUUGCUCUUGAAUGUGACCGAAGACUAUUUUUUGGGUGUACAUAUAAGGCUACAUCAACUCGAUACAAAAUUUGUUUCACUCCAAAAUCCCUUAGCUUUUCCCUCAAAAGUCACAUGAAUGUGCCCUUACGUGAACUGAUUUGUGGAAUACAAAAUUAUUGUUUGAUUUAAGUUAUACAUUCAUCAAUGGGAGCUUCGCUUUUAGCUGUGGCUAAAUAUAUAUAUUAGCGCUUCCCACACUUUCCUAUUUGUAACAUCCGGGAAUCGUUACGCCGCGAAAACAUUUUUUGCUAGUCUGACUAAAAUUUAAAGGCAGGAAAUUGUCUUAUCAAUAGAGUAUUCUGUUUAUUGCUGUUUUCGUUGACAAGCUUCAAAAUCAAGAAUCAUGCAUGAACAAGUGCCUAGUACAUUAACAAAAGCACAUUUUUAGUUUUCCAGGAGCAGGCUCCUAUCCAUUCAGGUUAGCAUUUGGAAAACAAUUGGUUGUCGCUAUGAGCUUCCACUUUGUUUUGCUUUAUGUUUGUCAUUUAUGUUUGCAUUUAUUUAUUCAUUUAUUUAUUUUUUGAUAUUUCAUAUCUCUGGUAGCCCGUGGUAUUAAACCGACGAGUACUCGUUAUUUAACAAUUAAUGAAUGAGGCUGCGGAGUAUCUUAUGAAGAAUUAUGGAGAUCGAGGAGGGAGUCAUCCGUCGAGGCCGUGGGCCGAGGCGGAUAACAACACCCUCCGAGAACUCCAUAAUUCUUCAUAUGAUACGAAAGCCGAAUUCAAUAAUUGUGUUAUUAUUGAUUCAAAAUAAUUCCUAGUUGAAAAACAAAGCUAAAACAUGCUUACCUCCAUCGAUGUUAAGUUCACCUUCGAUAGUGCACGUUUAGGGUUUUUCACCUCCGCAAAUGUUCUCCAAAUAGCAGAUGUCGGCCCUUCGAGUUGUGUUCUUGCUGCUCUUGCCACGUUUUAGCUAUAAUUUCGCCUAGUUCUUACUCUUGAAACGAGUGAAAUGUCCGCCAGUUUUUGUUUUCACAACCAAAAAAAAUCAACCUCCUCCCCAGAUCUUCUCGUGUAACGGUGCCUUAACCAGCAAGAACGCUGCAUUUUUCAUUUCCUCGUUAAACACAAAAUUCUUCCAAAUUUGGUCAUCAGUUACUGGUUUUGGUGAAUUAUGCGUGUGCUUUUAGCCAAUCAGAAUCGGGGAAAUAUUUUGAAUGAAUAAUAACAGGUGUUAUUGUAUGGCUAUUGCUUGUAGCCGAUAUAACGCGCGCUCUGAUUGGCUAACUGCUAGGGCAUUAUUCUCCCCUAACGGCCCACGGGCCAUUACAUCUACAGGCUGGAUAUUUCUUUAAGUAAAUUAUUGCGACAAAAUACAAAGAGUGAGGAUGAACACUCGGAUAUCGAGCUCUAUUACCCCGACAAGCUUGAAUCUCAUAAGGAAAACAGUGAAGCUACAAUGUUAUCUGAUUACGAAGGAGUUUACAGGAACAGCCAAGAAGAAAUUGAGAGUUUCGUAAAAGAGCAAAAAAGUGAAAACCCGACCAGGAAAUUUUCAGUGACAUAGAAACAUUUAUGCGUUAUAACUAUAUGUCUUCAGUAAAGGGAAACGUAGAAGUUGGGAUUAAUCUGCUGGUGAUCGGGACCACUUAUUGCCAAAGUUUUUCAAUGAUGUCCGCAAAAUUAAUAGCGACGACGACGAGUACGAAUCUUACACGAUCAGGCUGGUUUGCAACGAAACAUUCAGAGGUUCCUUUCUGAUAUGGCAAACUGUUGACACCAGAGGCAGCAUGCAACAUCAACAAAUUCCCUCGCUGUAGCACAAGAAAUUUUACUCAGCGUCGAGGAGCUGACGGAUUAUCAGAUGUAAACAGCCGAGCAGUAUUUGCCGGCGGAAACAUCAAUAACAUUUCUGGCUGCCAAUUACAGAUUUUCAACGGCCCAGUGAAGUUCAUCCACGAAUCAAACAAGAGGCGAAGAUUUGUCAUCGAAAGCGAAGAAGAAGAAGAUUGAUUGAUCGAUUGCGGUGCAUGCGUUCCGCUGCACGUAUUUUCAUUUACCGAGACGCCGUUUGAAGCACUUUUGAUUGAAGUUUGAACGUUGAUUUUUGAUAUAAUGUCUAUGAACUAUUCCUUGCCAAGUUGUAACACAUCUAUAAAAACGUUUUUAUAGCUGUAAUGUAAUCAUUUGCUCCGAAAACAAAUAAUCUAUGUUUUUUUUUUUUUUCACGAAAUACACGUUUGUUCACUGAAUCAUGUAGACUAUUGCAAUUUGAGCUAAUUUUGCGAUGAAGAGCGGUCAAGCGCGCGCAUCACCGGAUGUAAAGAUCAUGUAAAGUGAUGACUUCAUUGCCUUCAUUGCCUAUAUUUAACGAGGGUUAAAUAGCCCAAGGCUAAUAAGCUUGUGGCCCUCAGAACACAAUCUUACAAAUAUAUAAUAUACUAUAUAUAAUAUACUAUAUAUCUAUACUAAUGAAAACACUAAUAAACAAAUUAUUUACAAUGUCUAGGUAUAAAAAGAUUAUAAAGUAGAUGUUAAAAGAAAAAAAAAACAAACUACUCUUUACAAUUAAAAAUUUAUAGCGCUGGCCAAGGCUUGAAUUUCUCUGACAGAUUUAUUUAGUGACAGGCCUAGGUGGGCCAAUCUGCCGAAGCCGUCACAGUCGUAUCAUCUGCGUAGGGGCAAAUCGUCAACGAACAGGACAAAGAACAGCGGUCCAAUAAUACUGCCUUGCGGGACCCCAUGCCUUAACAUCGCCUCACCCGACUCCUUUCGAUCCUCGUAUAUGAACCACUUGUUUUCUGCUGCAUAGAUAUGAGCAACACCAAUUGGGCUCCUGCUUGGCAGCGCCAUACACCUUUAACUUUCUCAACAAAUUUCGUGAUCAACCAUGUCGAACGCCUUUCGAUAAUCCACUAGAACCAUGCCUGACAUCCUUUGACUCUACGUUAAACAACAGUUAAUCGAUUAUCUUGAUAAGAGCAUUCUCGGUAUUGUGCUUUCUUCGGAAUCCUGACUGUCUAAAGUACAUUAGAUUGUUCUCAUUAAGGAAAUCGGAUCAGCCAUUUCCGUGGCGUCAUCCACGUCGCGCCAGUCAACUCUCAAGCUAGUUCUUUGUUGAGCACUCUUUUUAGGUCCAGUUAGGGUUUUCUUCGCCUUCCAAAUAGCUCUGGCGUUAUUCUUAUUGUCCUCAAAUGAAUUGUUACAAAACUCACGCUUAGCCGAUCGCGCGCGCGGGCGCAGCACAGAAAAGGCCUUGUUCCUCGCAAUAAGGUAAUUAGCCCAGUAAUCCGCUGUAGAGUCUGAGCGCCUCGCCACUUUUAGUAAAUUGUCACGAGUGCAAAGUUGUUUAAUCAACUCCUUUGUUAUCCAGGGCGCAGGGGCCUCCUGUUUAACGCGCUUUUCGCGCCAAGGGCAGUGCGAAUCAAGAACGUUAUUAAAACUAUCUUUCCAAGGAUGAACAACAUCAUCGAAGUCUUCAAAAACAAACGCAGCGUCCAAAGGGGCUUGUUGGCGCGCUUGCUCGAGCUGUGUUUCAUCAAGGCGUUUCAAGGCCUCAGUUCGAGAUUUUAUCGUAACGACCUUACUCUCAGUCAAUAAGUAGUUAUUAUCAAACUCCCCGCCGACUCAGCGUGAAGCAGGGGAUGGGGGUGGAGUAUGCUUGCUGGCAGGAGGCCCGCUAGACUGUUCACAGUCUUCUAUUUUUCCGUAAGAUCCUCGGAGUCGAGCACAUUUUCUAACAGGUGGCCAUCUUGGUUCAAAUGUACCGAUUUUAGCCUAGGGACUGGACUAUGAAAUGAAAUCUUCUUUUGGGGCAGCGGACCCAAGAACGCCGCACAUUUGGACAAUCUUAAGGGAAGAUAAAGGACAGUGAACAGUCUUGUAGCCCGCAAGCAAAGGUCUCCCUUGCUAUUAUUCUAUAAAAAAAACCGUAUCUUUGAGAUUAGAUUACUCUGCUUUUUUAACUUCGAUUUCGACUCUAUCCCUUCCGUUUCUGGUUUGAGUAACAUCUUGCACACUAGUUUAUAAUCACUAGUAUUUUUAGCCAGAGCUAAAAGAGCAGCUCUCGUUAAUAAACUCAAAGUUGUACCCCAGAAAAAAUAAAAUCGUGUAAUGCUAACCGGUGACGGCGACGAGAAAUGCAAAAAAGAAAUCAAUACGGACUAUUAGCGUAAAAAAACCUUGCAGGUGCAGCACAUUUCUUUGCCUUUUUUUUGCACGACUUAAACUUACGUGAAACUUCCUAGCUGCACGUUUUAUGGAGGAAAAGUCGUAUAUGUUCCCACGUUCCAGUCUUUUUUUCACUGCCGCUCAUUUUUACCUUGCUGGCCACUAGCAUUUCUCAUUUUCUCACCGUAGCUUUAAAUUUUUCAUGUUUUCUCUUCGUCUCCUUUCUUUGUUUUUUUUUCUUUGAAUCUUUCGUUCUACUAGCUCUUUCACGGCGUCAGUGUAGUGGUGGUAAAUGUGACAUGUAGGGGGUGGACGGACGGACAGACGUACGGUCAUAUGAUUACCAAAUUUUCGCGCAUCUACAGGUUACCAUUUUUUCUUUCGUACGCGCGAGAAAUUCGCUAAUACUCAUUCUCUACAACGAAAAGUGGUUAAUUAUUUAACGCGCCACAUUUUUAAUUUCUUGUACUGUUUUUGCCGAAAUGCACAUAUUAAGCUGACGAUUUUCCUGAAGGGCAGUGAAUUCACAGUGGGCCCGCGGAAGAAAAUGAGUAAUAAUAGGCAGGGUGCAAACUGACCGAGGUAGAGUCGUUUACCUUCUUGUCGCGUUUUUUCCUGCAAUCUUUACCACUACAAAAGAGCACUCUACAACCAUUUCAGUUAUCUCUCCAAGGAUAUCAGAUUACGAGGUUCUUGUGCCAAGUGAUUCUCAAAAUGCUUGUAAAUUUCCCUGAGCAACAUGCUUUAUUGCUUUAUUGCUAGCAAUUGCUUCCACCACAGCUUCGUUCGCUGCCAUUUCUUUCUCUAGGUUCCCCAUCGUCUUAGUGUGCAUAGUCUUAAAAUAUUGCGAAAAAAAUCAUUAAAUUUGUGCUUUUGAGCCCCUAAACUUUGGUAAACAUUCGUGUGCGAUCAUGCGUUGAGAGCUUUCUGGGUCCGUGCACUGUUCGGCCAACCCCUUUUUUUAAUUUUCUGUUCCAUGUUGAGCAAACAGAAAGAUAUGAAAUUGACAUCUUUUUUGAUUAAUUCGUUUACAAUGUUACAAGUGUCUAGAUUGCUUUUGCUUUAAAAGCACCUUUUUACUGAAAUUUUAUAAUAUGACGGCGCCAAAGAAUUUUUGCACUUAAAAAUAAUGGUAAAAUCUCAAAAAAUUGCCAAAAUUCCAGAAGUCCUUGUUUCUUUUCUUGAAUCCAUAAAUCUUAUCCCUCCAUAACAAAAAUUUCUCAAUAUCUUCUUUUUACUGUUUUAUGCUGUCUUUUUCCAAAAAAAAGAUAAACAAAAUUUGACUUCCGUUUUAUCGUUUUUUGUUUUUUCGAAAGAAGAAACACAAAUAACGAAAAACAAAAUUCGACUUCGGGUUUAUCGUUUGUCUGUUUAUGUACAAACAAACACAAAAAACGGAAAAACGAAAAAUGACUUCCGUUUUAUCGUUUUUCCUUUUAUGUACGAGAAAACACAAAAACGGAAAAACAAAAAUCGGCUUCCGUUUUAUCAUCCUUCCUUUUAACUACAAACAGAAGAAGAAGAUAGGGGUCUACAGACGGACAAAAAUGAGGGGACAACUGAGGGGCAACAAAGGGGUAACAAAUUGUGGCGAACGUAAAUGGGGCGAAUUGCCUAACCCAACAAAUUGAGUAAAGUGUUUAGACCGACAUAAUUAGGGCGAAUUGUCUUACUCUAACAAGUCCAGGGUAGUGCUUAGGGUUAAAUCAUUCGAGGGCAGUGCUUAGGGUUAAAUCAAUCGAGGGCAGUGCUCAGGGUUAAAUCGGUCGAGCGGAGUGCUUAGGGUUAAAUCAAUCGAGGGCAGUGCUUAGGGUUAAAUCAGUCGAGCGGAGUGCUUAGGGUUAAAUCAAUGGAGGGCAGUGCUAAGGGUUAAAUCAAUCGAGGGCAGUGCUUAGGGUUAACUCCAUUGAGGGCGGUGAUUAGGGUUAAAUAGAGUGGUCGCGCAAAAAGUAGUAGGGUGAAUUGUACGUUAGGUUUCAAUGCAGAUGGAUUAAUCCCUCGAUUCGAUUGUCUAGGUCAUGACAGUGAGCACGUUUUCGCCCAUUGAUUUGCUGACUCAGCAGAAUUUGUUUCUAUUUUUAGAUGAUGACGUCAUCUUUUAGAUUAAUCCCUCGAAUCGAAUGUCUUGGUCAUGACAGUGAGCACGUUUUCACACAUUGAUUUGCUGACUCAGCAGAAUUUGUUUCUAUUUUAGUUGAUGGCGUCAUCUUUUUAGAUUACAAUAACGUAUAAAAAGGGGACAACGCUGGGAUAAUUCAUUUUGAUUACGAUACGUUGUACUGAUCACAGCUAUCACCAUGCCGAUUACUUAUCCGAGACCGUGUCCAAAGUGUGGCAAGAAGUACAAGAACAGAUUUGACUUUUGCCGUCAUAAGAAAUAUUGUGGAACUAAUUUGAAAGUUGCAUGUUUACACUGUGACAAGUUGUUUUCGAGGAAGGACAAACUGACUGCCCACUUUAAAAAAUUCCAUUCUGAAGUAGCAAAACGGAAAGCUGAAGAAGGUGCCGAGCUCUUACGUCUAGAGUUAUUGAAUUCUGGAAAGGUACCUCGAUUAUGUAAUGAGGAACAGACAGGCGGGGCUGUGACUAUCGUGGAAUGACACACGAGACUGAUGAAGGGGAUCACAAAUCUGGUGUAAAAGUUACUAAAGGUAAAAAACGUGGGGCUGAUCAAGGAGAUAACAAAUCUGAUGUAAAAGUUUCUAAGGAAGAGGUAGCUGAUAAAUCAGAAGACUCCACUGACACAUACGGUGGUGGUCCAGAUCCACUCUAUGUAGCUGAAUUCAAGAAAUUGGGUCCAGCCAAACGUUGGAAGAAAAAUACCGUGGUGAACCAGAAGUUCAUUCUCACGUUAGAUCAAAAACGCGGCCUAAAAGAAAAUGAAGAUUUGAAUAUUGGAGCAACACAUGCCAUAGCAGUUGGAGUUGACAAGCUGGUCGAAGACCUCAAAAUCCCAGAUAGCCAUUGGAUGACAUUGCAAAUAGGAAGCCGUGAACACAGAAAAGAGGGUUUAACUGGAAAGAGUUGGGGCGUACCAGUGGGUGAUUUCACAUGGAGAGCCGCGUAUGCACAAGCUUUGUUGCAGAAACUUUCCAAUGUUUUAAACAGUGCGCAGUUCAUUACUAAUGAUAUAGGGUUUUCAGCCUCAGUCUUAUUCACCCGACCUGAGACGAAAGGAGGUAAACGAGCAGGCGGUGGUCCAGGUCAGAAAAUUUGGAGUCACUUAGUGAAAGAAUCUCGAUGUGUCUGUGAAAUCAAAAACAAAGAUUCCCUCUGUUGUGCAAGAGCCAUUGUAGUGAUGCGUGAAUAUGCCAAACGUCAAGCUGGUGAACACAACACUUUUGAAAAUAUUCAUAAAGAUCGUGGAAAAAAUUCACAACAACUCAAAGAAGCUAAGAGGUUACAUGACGAAGCGGGUGUAGCUGAAGGUCUUUGUGGUUUGGAGGAAAUAGACAAAUUCCAAGACUACCUUGGUCUGCAAGGCUACAGAAUAAUUGUGGUAGACGCUUGUAGAGGUAGCGUGAUUUUUAAAGGUGACGCAUUUAAAGAAGCUAAGAAGAUCAUUGCUAUAGAGAAAUCUGUGUAUGAAGAUGAAAAGGGAGAUUUGAAAGCUCACUAUGAUGGUCUGUAUUCAAUACCAGGCUUCAUGAAUCGCAGCUACUUUUGUUAUCGCUGCUGUAAGGGAUACAAUACAGAAAAUAGCGCCCAUCAUAAUUGUGAAGCGCGGAAUUGCCCUGGUUGUUUAAGAAGAAAGACGGAUGACGACGAAGGCUGUAUACAUUUUACCUUUGGGGUAAAACCAGAUAGAAGUUGUAUCAUUUGUAGACGUGAGUUUUAUGGUGAAGUCUGUUUUCAAAAUCACCUGAUCAAAGAAGUUUAUAAAGACCCAUCUUUAAAAAGGAUGACACAAUUAAUUGAAGAUGAGUUGAACGAGGAUCUUUCUUACAGAGUGAAAAUGAUAAGUGUUUGUGAUCAAUAUCGUAAAGAUUUUGGUGUGACAUAUAAAGUAAAAGAAGACACAUCCCACAAAUGUCUUCAUGCUAUGUGUAAACAUUGCUUAGAGUAUGUCAACAUUUACGAACAUAAAUGUUUCAUCACAUCUGAGGAGGAAAAAUGUUUUAAAGGCACCUUAAAAGAAUUUCAAAAGCAGAAAAGAGAGAAAGAAAAACUCUAUACAGAAUUGUAUGGAGAAGAGGAUGCAAAGGAUGAGUUUAAAGAGAAAGUAAUUGAUGAUUUGAUGAAACAACGUAAAAGAAAGGUUGACGAAUUGAAUGCUAUCAACAAUGGUAUUCCUAUGGAAGAAAUAAAGGGAAGAAGAGAACAGCAACGAUUAGACGAUUUAUGUGAAAGAGCGAUACAGCAAUUGCAAGAAAGGGGUGUAGCCUUGGAGGCUAUUACACAGGACAUGGUAGAUCGUGAAGUGAGAAGAAACCAAAAACAAGAAGAAGAUUUAACGUCACAACAGGAGCCAAGCUCAAUCAUGAUCUUUGCUGAUGUGGAAUGUUUACUGGAUAGCAGCAACACAUUCGUACCUAUUUUGAUCUGUUAUGCAAGACAUGGCGAUGACACUAUUUAUCAUCAUUGGGGUACCAAUUGUAUCCAAGCUUUCAUUGAAACCAUGAUCGAUUGGUCUAAUCAAGAUAAGAAGGAAGAAGACAGCAAAGAGCUACAUAUUUUCUUUCACAAUUUGAAAGGUUUUGAUGGCUGUUUUAUGAUAGAUGCGCUUUACAAGAUGAACUUGAAAGUGACUGAAAUCAUGGCAACGGGCACCAAAGCUUUACAUUUCAAGCACAGAAAUCUUGUGUUUAAAGACUCCCUCUCCUUCCUGAAUAUGCCGCUGACCAAUUUCACAAAGACCUUUGGACUAACAGAGUUGAAAAAAGACUGGUUUCCUCACAAGUUUUCCAAGUUGGAGAAUUUAGAGUAUGAAGGCACGAUUCCAGACCUAAGUUAUUACAACACAAAACAUAUGAAGGUAGACAAGAAAAAAGAAUGUGAAACUUGGCAUGCAAACGAAGUAUUGAAAGGAGAGGUUUGGAACUUUCGCAAUGAAUUACUAUCGUAUUGCAAAAGCGAUGUCCAACUCAUGAAAGAAGGCUGUCUCAAAUUUGCAGAGGACACCAAACGUGAUGCUGGGUUCAACCCUCUUUUACAGUGUAUCACAAUUGCCUCCACGUGUCACUACUUUUGGCGAAAUCAUCAAAUGCAACCCAAAACCAUUGCUGUAGAACCUUUACAUGGUUGGGGAGGUCUGAAAACAAGUCAGAGUAAAGUCGCAUUUCAAUGGCUGUAUUACCAAGACAAACAACUGGGUGGAAAUCGUAUCAAACACGCACGCAAUGGUGCAGAACAAGUGAUCCAAGUAAAGAGGGGGAAAGUGAAAGAGGAUGGUUAUGAUCCCAUCGCCAAAACCGUCUAUGAAUUUCACGGCUGUGAAUUUCAUGGCUUCAAGAGAUGUAAGCCAAAUGGUCGCCACAAAAGGACCUUUCAUCACCCGGAUCGCACCGUGGAGGAAAUGUAUCAAGCAACACUUAGAAAAACUGACUUGUUACACACAGCAGGUUACACGGUGAUAGAAAUCUGGGAGUGCGACUUUAGAAAAGCAGUCAACAACAACAAUGACCUGAAAGAGCUGAUAAAGACCAUGACGUGGGUUUCGCCACUUGAUCCACGUGAUGCAUUUUAUGGGGGUAGAACAGUGUUGGCAAAAUGUUAUCACAAAGCUGAGGACAACGAGCAGAUUCUAUAUGAAGAUUUCACGAGUUUGUAUCCAACAAUCAACAAGUAUGGAACGUAUCCUACUGGCCAUCCUACUAUUAUAGUAAACCCUGAGAGUAACAACAUUCACAGUUACUUUGGUCUAGCUAAAGUUGACGUAAUUGCCCCAGAAAAACUGCUACACCCAGUACUUCCAGUGAAGCUGAAUGGUAAACUCAUGUUUCCCUUGUGUGCGAAAUGUGUAGAGAAUCAAUUGGAUCCUCCCUUGUUUGAGCGGACCAAUAUGUGUGCUCACACAGACAAAGAGCGAACAAAGACAGGUACAUGGUGUACCCCGGAGUUGCAGAAAGCAGUGGAGAAGGGAUAUCGUAUCCUAAAAAUUCAUGAAGUCUGGCAUUUUCCUGAAGAUCAACAAAAAGAGGGGUUAUUUAAACCUAUGUCAACACCUGGUUAAAGUACAAGACAGAGGCGAGCGGUUGGCCAAGUCAUUGUGAUACAGAAGAGAAAAAAAGACGAGUAUGUGAGCGAUUUCCAAGUAAGAGAAGGCAUCAAGUUAGACAACGUAGCCAAAAACCCAGGACGAAAACAGCUGUCGAAACUCAUGCUGAACAGGUAGUUAUAGAAUAAAAAUGAGAACUAGGAAUAACAAUUAAAAAGACGUUUGAUUGUUUCCCUCUUUGUAUUUCCAGCUUCUGGGGCAAAUUUGGUGAAAACGAACAUCGAACUCAAACCAUUGCCAUCCAAGACAUCGACACUUGGUUCCGUGUGUUAAAUGAUGAUACACUUAUUGUGAAAGAAACUCGUAUUGUGAUACCGACUCGAUCAUUUACACCUGGAAAGAAGGUCAGCCAUUUGUACCUACAGGCAUUUUCUUAGGGAAAAUGACAGACGAAUUAGAAGGAGACACCAUUGUAGAGUUUGGAUCAGCAGGUCCAAAAUCGUAUAGUUAUCAAACUGCAGGUGGAAAGUCAGAAUGUAAGAAUAAAGGUACAAAGAGUUCUUAUGCAAUCAACCAGGUAUUGAACUGUGAUUCCAUGUUACAUCACAUCAAGCAGGAAUUAUGCAAUCCAUUAAGAAUGAGAAGAGCUAUGGCGAUUGAAAUCAAAGACUACUUUGUAAGAGAUAAUACGCACAAAACAGUAGGAUUAACAGAUUUAGUCAAAGUGUUUGGUGUAAACUGGGAUAAGCGUGUAGUGGACAAAUCAACAGGAAAAUCAUAUCCCUUUGGAUAUGUGCGCAUAGGAAUGUAAGAAAUAAUGUAAAUUAAGACAAGCAUUUUUGAUUCAAUAAAAGCGUGUCUGAAGAAAUUGUGUGGCUGAUUACCUAACCCUUUACACAGGCCUACCAUUCUAACAGAUUACACAGACCUUCCAUUCUAGCCGUUUACCCAGUCCCUUGCCCCUAUGCUCAGUCUCCACUCUAACCCUAUCCCAAGGGAAUAGGGUUUUGUAAUGAAUAAAAGUGUGGAACGAUUGAGCGAGGUGAUCACAUCAGUCACGAUGCAGUCAGUGUCCAUGCAAGAUUUAGAGCAAUUUUCGUAUUGGCAAGACAAACGUGUGUCUAGUUAUCAUUGCUAUGAUAUUUACAACCCGGUUAUCUCUGUAGACUUGACGGAAUUAGCGGAUCGUGUGGUAGGUAACAACGAUUCUGUGGAGGAAAUUCAAUUGGAUUUACGUAUUCAACAACUACGUGCCGCUGCCUGGCAUGAAAGCUUGUUGAUGUCUAUGAGUGAUGCUUUAUUGCGAGCACCUCAACGUUGGAUUACAAAUCAUGGGUACCCGAUGAGAUCACGUUGUUAUAUUUCAUUGCAAGCAGUAGUUCCACUACCUCUACCUUUAACAAGAUGUCUAGGGGUGCUCACAAAUAUUCCCAUCUUUGCUUUCUUUCCAUAGACUGUGUCAUUAUCACGAUCAUUUUUAGCCAUGUUGGAUUGGUUAAGCUAUAAAUGGCUGAUGACCUAAAUACAAUCACGGUGCAUGGAAUUUAAAUUAGUUAUCACACUCAUGCACGAGAACAAUGGCCCUUGACGUCAUGACGUCGAUAGAGGUAACAACAAUAGCGAUUGACGUCAUCAGACUAAUCUUUGCACACAAUAGUGGUUGACGUCAUUGGGAGCGAACAAAAAGACUUGCUCAAGCCUGCCUGACAAAGUCAUAGUGAAAGAAUUCCACGCUUAAGUAUACAGACAAUCUCUGGGGAUCACUUUGAGUAUAAAUGUUAGACAGUUUCCCUUUUUCCAAUCAUUGCAUCUUGGCAUCAACCUGUGUAACGUAGUCAUAGCUUGAGAGUUAAUAUGGAAAGACAAGAUCAAAUGCGAGACCAGAACGUGAAUUUCCAUCUGCAUUUGCAACAUUUAAGUGCGGGUGACGACUUCCUGAAAGAGUGGAUUUUUGUGGAAUCAAGACCAAUUGCACCAGGGGAGCAUAAUGUUUGCCCAUGUGGUCAGAUGGGACUAAAGGAACAUUUUAUGAUAGAAAACAAGAUCAACAGCAAUCGCACGUUUGUAGGUUCGGAAUGCAUCGACAACAUUGAUCCCAAGGCAAAAGCAGUGAAUUAUUAUAUUCGUCGUCUUUUAUAUCAGGGCUUGCAGGGGACCUACAGAGGCAUGACUAGGAAUGGUCUAGUGUUAUUUUCAGUCGAUUCAUCUUCAAGAUUUGUAAAGUAUCUACCUACAGUCAAGAAUUUAAAUCCACCACUAACAAGAAACAUGGAGGGUCGAUGGUACAUCUCUAUCUACUUUCCUAAAGAAAACACUAUGGUUUAUGGCAAAAAAUACAAGAUUCACUUGAAGACCGAGUAUAAAGGAGGACGUUUACGUUUUACUGCUGUAUAAAUUUUCGCAACUAUUGUAACCAGCUAGUGAGCAAGAUCAAUAAAAAACAAGUCAUGAUUUGAUUUCACGGUGUGUUUUAUUCACUGACUGUUUUCUAAUUUACUACACAGUUGGGUAUAUUUUGACUGCAAGUCUGCGAGCUCUUGCUGGAGUUGAGCCACUGUAGGUUUCUUGGAUUUUUUAGGGGCCUUGAGCUGCCGACGAUCACCUUCCCGUUGCUUCCUCAUAGUUUGAUAACUGUCUUGAUCUUGAGAGAGCUUCUUCUCUUCUUCUUGAAUCAUUUGAUGCAAAAUGACACUUUGCACUUGAUCACAGGCAGCAUUGACGAUAGCUUGAGCUUUGGGGGAACUCAUUUUUGGGUAUGGUUUUAUCGAUUUUCUUCUUUGCGGAAACGUACCAUUCUUGAGAUGUUUUUUGAACCCUUUGAGGGUAUGCUCUCGAUACUUGAUUCUAGCUUUGAUCGUCAUCAGUUUUUGUCGAUAACCCUUCAACCUGGUCUUGGCAGGCAUGGUUUUUUGGGUGGGUUCAUUACCAGUCUUGGUAGAAAGUGCUUCUACGGAACCACCCAUAACAGACAUGUUACCUCUAGGCAAUCGAACGUACAACUGAUAAUGCCUGAGGUGAGGUAUAAGAGAAAGGGGUGUGCUAUUCUAUCUAUCAUUUAUCACAAAUCAUCAUGUGGAUAGGAGGGUAUGACGAUUGGACUCCCGCAGAACAGCGUGAAUGGGACAGAGAUAUAGAAGAAAUGCGGGCUGAACGUGAGAAAAGAGAGAGCGUAAUGAAGACUGAGAAAGAGGAUAAUCUCUCUUGGUUACACACGGCGAUUGACUAUCCAUUGUUUAAAGCAACCUAUACCAAAAUUGGAGACACAGAUUUGUAUGUGGUAGAUCUAAAGCGACAGACUACUACAAAACAGGGGGUCCGUAACUUAGUUUUUGAAGUCGUGUAUCCUCUGUAUCAUGGUUUCAAUGCAAUCAUUGAGCAGAGAAAAACACCCAAGACCUCUCUCAUCAAAAUACAGACCUCCUCCAGAGAACAUGUUGAGGUAACCUAUACGUGUGAAUGCACCCCUGACAAAUGGUCUUAUAACACCAUAGACAAAAUCUCAGAAGCCUUAGCUGACCAGUUAACCAUGAAACAAAACUUGGAUCGAGGACUACUGAUGAACUUGUCAUUCUAUGAGGAGUAAAAAGAUUGCAGUAAAACUCUGCAAGUUAAUUUCGUAACAUGUUGAAAAAGUCUGCAAGUUAUUUUCGUAACGUGUUGAAAAAGCCUGCAACUUAAUUUUGUAACGUGCGGAAAAAGUCUGCAAAUAAAAUUGGAAUGAAAUGUGUAUUACAGUUGUUUAGUUCUAAGCAAUCUGCACUGGAGUCUAUGAAUUUUCAUCGACCACAGGCACCCCACAGGCACCCCCAGGCACCCCACAGACACUCCACAGGCACCCUAUAGGCACCCCACAGGCACCCUACAGGCACCCUCAGGCACCUCACAGGCACCCUACAUUUAACUGAAUGAAUCGAAAAGGUAUAAAUAGGAUGAGACUUUGUGGAAAAGCGACUAGCUGUGAUAAGACGCCGAAGAGUCAACAUGCCUUAUCGAAACAGACGAAAUUGUCCAAUCUGUUAUAAGAGUGGUCUACUGUCUUUAAGUCACCACCUAGCCCAAGUCCAUCAGUUAUCCAGUGAAGAACGAAAACCGUGGCUAAAAUCUGCGAUCUUUUCCUCAGCAAAAUCCACUGGAUUACCUUACAUGGCUCCUUACCCCUUUUGGGGAAUGCCACCUCCUCCUUGGAGCCACACCCCUCAACCAUUACAACCCGUUAGACAAGCUCUAAAGACUGAACCGAAACAGCGAAAAGUAACCAAGCUACAAACAACUAACUGUUUAGAGACGAGGCCUUACCCAGACUUUAAGUUUAACCACAUGUUUUCGAUGCUCGUGGUGGGGCCAAGUCAGUGUGGAAAAACGUCUUUCACUGUUAAAGAAGAAUUGUAUCAAGUACCCCAGUAAGAAACAGAGACAUAUUUUCUGGUUUUAUAAUCAAUGGCAACCACGGUAUGCGUCCUUGCAAUCUACACUAAGUGAUGAGAUUGUGUUUACCCAAGGCUUACCUGCACUGAGUGAAGAUCUAAGAGAAAUCAAUCCGAAGUUUCACAAUGUGUUGGUGUUUGAUGACCUAAUGAGCAAGGCAACUGACAGUCCCGUGUUAUCAACACUGUUUACACAAGGCCGUCAUCGCAAUGCUAGCGUGAUAUUAUUACUGCAAAAUAUGUUUCCGAAAGGGAAAUUCAACACAGAUAUUAGCAGGAACGCACAGUACCAACACUUUUUCGUAGUCCCAGUGAUCGUAAGCAAAUCGACAUGGUGGCGGAGCGGAUUUUUGCGAAAGACAGGUCAAACUUUAUGAAAGUCUAUGCGAAAGAAACCGAAAAGCCUUAUGGGUAUCUUUUGGUGGACAAUCAACCCAAGACUCCAACAGAGAAACAAGUUGUGGCCGAGGUGUUUGAAAACUGCCACUGUUAUCCUAACAUAACCACUUGUACUAAAACAGUAUCGGAGGCAGAUAAACCUGAACUGGUAUCUCGAAAACGUUCCAUAGAUCCACCGUUAGUGAAAAACAAACACCGAAAGCAAUCUGAACAGAAGCAGAAAAAAUUAGGGACAAUCAAGGCGAAUCCUGUGAAACAAAACGUCAAGAGCAAACGGCGAAAAUAACCUCAAAAGAAGACAGUGAAACAGAACAUCAAUAAACCUACGUCCGUUGUAUCACCGACCAGAGAAAAUUUCAGGGAGAACCCGAUUAACUGCGAGGAGGUCCCGUUUAACUCUGAUGAAGAACAGUUUAGCUCUGAUGAGGAACAGUUUACUUUUAAUGCAAACCAGCUAAACACCAGGGCUAGACGACAUGUCUAUGCUAGAGGAUGUAGCUUUGGACCAAAGAUUGUUUAUGAAUAAAAAACAUCGCAUUUUUUUGCCUGUUACAUUAGACAGAGAAACGUUUUAUAGCUUUCAAAAGCAACUUUUUCACUGAAGCUGUACUACCAUCCGUAGGUUAGAAAAGUAAAUGUCAAUGACUUGUGUAAUAAAAAGAUUUUCAAAAACACCUACGUUUUCUAGUACGCUAUAGUCUUUACGAUUUAAACACACGGCAUUUAUUAGCUGUCUAUUUCUAGCUUUUUGAAAUACACACUUCAUUUACAAUGUUACAUUGCUAGCGGUUAUUUCCACGGCUACGUUCUCGUGGACAAAACCUUUCAUAUGACUAUAGACAGCAAAAAAUGGACUGUGGAAUACAACAGGUAAUUUACAAUCCAGCGAACGUGACUGCGGUCUCCUACAGUUUAGACUUCACAGAGUGUAAAGCUCCGCUAGUCUUUGUGAAUUAAAACACACAGCAGUAGAUUUAUUUAUUUCUUUCCAUGGUCAGCUUCUAAAUAGACGCUUUUUUACUACAUUGCUAGCGACUCUUUCCAUCUAAAAAUAGAAACAAAUUCUACUGAGUCAGCAAAUCAAUGGACGAAAACGUGCUCACUGUCAUGACCUAGACAAUCGACUCGAGGGAUUAAUCCAUCUGCAUUGAAACCUAACGUACAAUUCACCCUACUACUUUUUGCGCGACCACUCUAUUUAACCCUAAUCACCGUCCUCAAUGGAGUUAACCCUAAGCACUGCCCUCGAUUGAUUUAACCCUUAGCACUGCCCUCCAUUGAUUUAACCCUAAGCACUCCGCUCGACUGAUUUAACCCUAAGCACUGCCCUCGAUUGAUUUAACCCUAAGCACUCCGCUCGACUGAUUUAACCCUAAGCACUGCCCUCGAUUGAUUUAACCCUAAGCACUCCGCUCGACUGAUUUAACCCUAAGCACUGCCCUCGAUUGAUUUAACCCUAAGCACUGCCCUCGAAUGAUUUAACCCUAAGCACUACCCUGGACUUGUUAGAGUAAGACAAUUCGCCCUAAUUAUGUCGGUCUAAACACUUUACUCAAUUUGUUGGGUUAGGCAAUUCGCCCCAUUUACGUUCGCCACAAUUUGUUACCCCUUUGUUGCCCCUCAGUUGUCCCCUCAUUUUUGUCCGUCUGUAGACCCCUAUCUUCUUCUAACAGACACAUAAAACGGAAAAACGGAAAUCGUCUUCCCUUUUAUCGUUUCUUGGUGUUUGAAAAAACAGACACAAAAAACGGAAAAAUAUGAGCCGACUUCCAUUUUCACGUUUUUCGUUUUAUGAAGGACCAAACACCAAAAACGGUAAAAUGAUACUUGACUUUCGUUUUCGUUGCCACUUAGGGCAGCCGACUAUGUAGUUGCUCAUGCGUUACGUGAAACGAAUGCCACUCUUACCGGCCCAGAGUCCGCGGUAGGUCUGUUCCGUAGGACGGGCUGAUCCGUCAGUGAGAGAACGACAGGCCUCCUGGCAACCACCCGCUGAUCAAAAAGCCCGAAGAUUUUGCGAACGAGAUUUUUGCGGUUCUGACUUAUUAACAGUCUUGGCGCGUUAUUCGCGGUGCAAGAUCAAUUUUUUUUUCAGCGAAGGAAAGAGCGGAAUUAUAUAGCGAAGAUUUGUGGACAGUCGAUGCGGUUUUAUUAUUGGUAAGUGUAAUAAUUCAAUUCAGCCGUCAAUUUACGUUUUGAAGUGUUCUUUGGUAGAAGAAUUUCUGACUUAAUAUUUUCAGAUUUGCUACGUGGUGAACUUUUUCGUUGUUUGAUCUUUUUCUUUCGGUCAGUCAUGGACGACAGAACUUUUGUCCUUUGGCGGGGACAACAAAGAAUUAAUUUUAAUGAAGACGACUUAAUAGUAGAGUGUAACAGUAGGAGUGUUUAGAGUGAGAAUAGCAUCUCUUUUCAACUAAGUUUACCUUUAACAUUUCUUCAUGGAAAAGUAUCGGGUUUAUUCCCACGGCCGCAAAAAUGUGGUCGAGGUGGGGGUGGGGGUGGAGAGAGACUGGCAGUUUUACGGGCAACAGGGUUUAAUGACUUUGUUUUUGACAUUUUUGCCUUAAAAAGAUUAAAACUAUUUACACGAUAUUAAACACUACCUAAAUCUAAUGUUAUAAACGGAAGCUACAAUCACCUCAGCAAUCGCAGAUGUAACCACAUUAUGAACAUCAACACCAGUCACUCGAGAAUCAUAACGCCGUAUGCCUUUCGUAGCACAAAAUCGCCUGACACUCCUUUCAGAUAGUCCAUUCACUCCUGGAUGCUGUUGUCUUAAAAUGUCAGCUACUUCUUUAUGUGUUUUGCCUUGCUCUUCAACAAGCUCCUUCACGUAGCGAGCAGUAACUACGUUUUCCAUCCCCGCCAUUUUUGAAGGACCCGCGAAAAAAGACAUAUACCACGGUUAUAAAAACUGCUGACCAACAACAUCUAGACGAGAUUCCGAAAGGAACCACCAACCCCCACUCAACCCCUCCCCCCCCCAACCCCUUUUCUGUCCCAGCUCUUGGUUCACUUAAACAGCCACAGAAAACGAAGAAAAAAAUAUAAACGAAAAAUUAGGUUAUAUCCAGGUCUUUCUUUCACUGAUUGGUUGUACUUACAACGAAAAACGAUAGAACGGAAGUCAAUUUCCGUUUGUAUGUUUUUGUGUGUUUUCGUACGUAAAGGGAAAAUCGAUAAAAAGGAAGUCAUUUGUCGUUUUCCUGUUUUCAUUUGUUUGUUCGUACAAAAAACGAAGAAAGAUAAAACGGAAGUCGAUUUUUGUUUUUCCGUUUUUUGUGUUUUCUCGUACAUAAAAGGAAAAACGACAAAACGGAAGUCAUUUUUCUUUUUUCCGUUUUUUGUGUUUGUUUGUACAUAAACAGAAAAACGAUAAAACGGAAGUCGAAUUUUGUUUUUCGUUUUUUGUGUUUCUUCUUUCGAAAAAUCAAAAAACGAUAAAACGGAAGUCAAAUUUUGUUUAUCUUUUUUUGGAAAAAGAUAGUAUAAAACAGUAAAAAGAAGAUAUUGAGCAAUUUUUGUUUUAGAGGGGUAAGAUUUAUGGAUUCAAGAAAAGAAACAAGGACUUCUGGAAUUUUGGCAAUUUUUUGAGAUUUUACCAUUAUUUUUAAGUGCAAAAAUUCUUUGGCGCCGUCAUAUUAUAAAAUUUCAGUAAAAAGGUGCUUUUAAAGCAAAAGCAAUCUAGACACUUGUAACAUUGUAAACGAAUUAAUCGAAAAAGAUGUCAAUUUCACAUCUUUCCGUUUGCUCAACAUGGAACAGAAAAUUUAAAAAAAGGGUUGGCCGAACCGUGCACGGACCUUUCUGCCCUUCAAGGGGCACCCCUUCAGUCAAAACUGGUAUACAAAAGGGUAAUGUGUUGGACGAAUAGGGCGGAGUCUCCCAGUAUAUAACUUUGUUGAGUGCCUCCGUCCCCUUCCCCCUGAUAGGACGGAAAGCUAAGCUCGCUAAUUGGACGUAUUGUUGAUGUUGUUUUUUUUUUGUUGUUUUGUUUUGUUUUUUGUUUUUUUGUUUUUUCAAUUCUCGUUGCUAUCGCCGGUUAGCAUCACACGACUUGAUUUUUUGCUGGAGUACUACUUUAAGUGUAACAACGACAGCUGCGCUUUUAGCCCUGUCCUGAGUAAAUCUAUAUAUUAGUGAUUGUAAAAGAAAUCGAAAUAGAGAGCGCUAAACGAGGUAAACCACCAGUUAUAAAUGCGGGGUAACCUAAUUUCAAAGAUACAGUAUUUGUUCUAGAAUAAUAGCAAGGGGGAUGUUUGCUUGCGGGCCACUAGAUUGUUCACUGCAACUUAUCUUUCGGUAAGAUCGUCCAGAUGUGCGGCCUUCUUGGGUGCACUGCCCCAAAAGAAGAUUUCAUUUCAUAGUCCAGUCCAAUAAUAAUAAUAAAACUAGAGGUUCCAUAUUGGAAGUAAAGUGCGGCCCCAUGUAGAAAGAUCAAGGAGUUGGAACGGUAGUAAAUAAUAUAUUGUAUCUCAGUUUAGGAUAUCACAUGGUCUUCAAGGUUGUAAGAUUAAAAAAAGGAGAGAGUAAAUUGUGGCCUCCCUGGCAGCCGCUUUUUGUUUCUAGCGUUGCAUGACGUUGUUUUCCAGUUGAACUACGCUAACAAGGUUCUUUUCUUUUUUUUUUUUCAAAAAGGUCUUUUGCCUACGAAUAAAUCUCAAAAGCAGAGCUAUAGUAUUUCAAGAAACAUUAACGGUGAAGGUGGAGAGGUGGCUGGAGAAGGUGUAAAACUCGUAAUCCCUCCUGGAGCAGUUGAGGAACCUGUAACAAUCAGUGCUGCAUUUGAAGAUCCUUUCAGAUACUAUAGACUAAUAGUGCAAAAGGAUCUGGAAAAUGAUGUCGCGUUUGCUUCCACUAUUAUCAAACUUCGACCCAAUGGCCAAGUCUUCAAGAUACCUGUAAAGCUGACAACCAAGUUCACAAUAAGUGAUUUUAAAAAAACCGAUGUUAUCGUCCUGCAUGGAACAGAAGAUGGGAAUGGAAUAUCCUGGAAGGACGUCACCCAUUUCUCAAACAUUGAUGAGGCAAGUGAAGAAGUUACUACUGAAAUGGAACAUUUCUCAACCCGGAUGGUUUUUGUAAGAAGGACUUUGAUCUGCUUAAAAUAUUUUGGAUACUGGCUCACCUCGUUUUCAUUUCACUACACACUUUCAGUGUUGAUCAAGAAGAGUGACGAAGGAAGCAUUCUAAACCUAGUGUUUUUGAGCCAAGACGUCUACAACGAAGAGUUCUACAGAGAGCAUUCUGACACGUCUGCUUUGGUACAACUGAAAAGAAAUGGGUUCAAAGAGCUUCAUCUAACAUCCAUUGGCAGCCAACACGACAAAUGUGUCUACAACAAAGAAAAGCUUCGGGUUUCUAUUCGUCUUGAGGAAAACUACAAAUCGGCUGACACUAAAGAGCGACAUAUAACAGUGCAGUCUAAGGUUUGGUGGGCAAGGGGUCAUGUUGAGGAAAUAAACCUAGACAGGAUUAGUGACGUCAGUGUUGUACGCGGUAACAUCACAAUACACCGAGAGAGUAGACGUUGGUGCUCGAUGCAUUUCGGAGAAUCAGGUGAGGUGGAUUUUGUUGCAUAUUAUAAUUGCCGCGGAACGAUAAUAGCGUGCGAGUAGCGGACAUAAUCAUAGCCUUCACUUGUGUGAUUUCGGGGAAACAUUUUGGCUCGAGCCGGCAAAGCCGGCGAGAAAAAUGGGGCUUGGAAAAGUGAACCUAGACGUGGGUUAGUGAUUUUAAAAAUUCGCUCUUCUGAGGUGUCACCACACUAUGUACAGUGCAAAUGUAAACAAAAGUAAAAGAAAGUUGCUUGUGGAGAUGCUAAUUAUGCUAAACUUCAUCAGACGUCAAGUCAUAAAAACAGAAAUUACAGAAAAUUAAUAGGAAUGAAACAGACCACCUUCAUGGCCUCUGAUUGUGAGACAAAUGGCAAAAAUAAGAUUUUCUCAGUCAAAAUUAAGAAUCUUUCUUAGUAUUGGACCAAUGAUUAACAUUAGGUAAAAUGCGUGCGGGCCUACCGACGCUUUUUCCACUAAGUUUGAUGCGUGAAGUAAUGCUCAGUGUCCGUGGGUUGUAUCAUAGUUAUGCAGAAAUGUAACCUGUUAAAGCCUGUCACUUUAUUUUAACCAAUUAGAUCACUGCGCUGGUCGGUCAACGAGAGAAAAAACUCAAUAGAUCGCUCGCAGCCUUUUUUUCCUCGUCCUAUUCUUCUCGUGCGCCGCCAAAGUUUUCGCUGAGAUCGCUCAAGGGAGCCUACUCACAGGCUAAUCUAAAUCUCGAUAUUUUAACCAAAAUUAAUUGCGUUUUGAACCAGAAUCGAUUGCACUUUCUGCCAAAAGGGUCCAGAGGAGUUUAGUUUGAACCAAGAGAGGAUAAAAGGGACAGAGAAGGCAUCCCCCAUACACACCCUAUUCCAUAGGUAAUUCGUCUCGAGUUAUUUUUAGAACCGGGAUAAAAUUACCUCGCGCGCUGCGUGGAUCUUUCGUGGAGGUUUCGAAUGACUAAACGCCGUGCAAAACAUGUCGGGCGAAAAACAAUGAAAGCGUAAAGAGAUCGAGAGCAUUCCUGAAUAUUGAAGCGAAAUGAGUCGGCGCUCACCUGGGAAAAGGGAAUCGCUGGACUCUUUGACAGCCCAUGAAAUCAGUUAAACUCGAAGUUGUCGUAACCUCAGUGCUUUAAUAAAAUGAGAAAUUUCGCCGGUCGGAUUGAAACCGGUCGUUUGUACAAUAAAGCAAGUAGGACGCCAAGUGUUAUCAUGAUUUUUGUUGAAUAAUAAAAGACAAAUAAAAGAAUAAAUAUCAAACCAGAAAUUACUCUCUUCAAACUGUGACAUGAUCCUAAGAGAAUAUUCAUUGUAUUAGGGACUUCCCUGCUGUACUGUUAGCUCUAUACAAGAGAGGAAGGGCAAUUCUUUUUUAAUUUCGGUUUCGCUGACACAGCUUUAGCAGAAAUCUCGCUGUAGUCGUUUUCCUCAACAAGACGAAUAGCAAUAUCGCUCUCCGCGUCUUCCGCUUUUUAGUUCUGCGUCAAUUCGUGAAGGGCGCGUGGCUCUGAGCAUGGGUCAUCCACGCGCAACACAUUUGCGCUAUGUGAAUGGCUGUUGUCUAAUCCCCCUUGAGAUUUGUGGUGUUAAAAAUAACUCGAGACGAAUUACCUAUGGAAUAGGGUCUGUAUGGGGAUGCCUUCUCUGUCCCCUUUAUCCUCUCUUGGUUUCAACAUAUAAAUAAUAUAUUAACGUUUCUUCAGUUAAAAAGUAUAUCCUCGACGAUAAACGAAAAUAGUUAGCUCGAUGGGAUUCUUACGGAACCAUUUCAAACAAAAUAUCUCCUGAUCGACACGUUAUACGCAAAACCAUGCAAACCGCCAUUUUGAAAGUAAAUACACUGCUAGCUAUUUCUUCGCGGUCGCCAAAACCGUUGCCAGAGCAACGGCGGAAAGCGAAGCUUUCCGGACGAGGCACGAAGUGCCAAGUUAAAAGACAGAAAUAUACCGUAAGCCGAUCUUGGUGUCUUCUGUCCUUUAAGUCUGCUGUAUAUUUUGCUGCGUAACGUAAAUGUAACGCAGUGACUGUGCCAUCGAAGUAAACAUUCUGAAUGUAACGCCUUUGAAACUGAUCCUAGUACCCCACUACCAGUGGCACAACAUUCGUCUUUGUAUUCCACAAACUCUUAAUCCGAUCUCUCCGCAGGUCUUGAUACUUCUCUUACUUUUAAAAUUAUUUCCUUCUCCAAAACAUUACUUCCCAAGGAACUGCAAUGUCUACAAUAACCGUCUCACUUGUCUUCUUUUUGAAUAUUUCAAUGUCUGGUUGCGGUGAUGAAUUUCUCGAUCGGCUUGGAUUGUAAAAUUCCACAGCAGUUUGACUUCCUCAUUCUCUACCACAUUUUCUGCUUUUAGCAUUUGUCACUGCAACUGAUUUUGUAGUCCUUUCACAAUUUCCAAUGAACCACGCGCUCACCUGUGUCAUGUCUCUUUACAUUGCACAAGUUUGGAACAGCCACACAAAAUAUGCUGCACAGUUUUAUCGUGGCUUCCACUCAUUCUACACUUAGGUGACACGUUCUGUUUCUCGUUCCAGGACUGUAUAAUGUUUGUCCUUAACGCCUGAUCUUCAGCUGCAAAGAUGAGCUCUUCUUCUGUCUUUCUUUUUUUUUUCUUUUUUUUUUUUUAUUCAACUCUUCUGUUCUUAUCCAAUUCCAAGACUUGCUCGUCAGAUCCUCUGCCUUUAUCUUAAACUUCCUAUCCUUAUACUGAUUUGGUGUUUCAUCAUCAGCAACAUUCACCCUUCUUCAUGCAGCUUUUAAGAGGCACUCCUUGCUCUGGUUGACAUAUAAAUUAAUAUACCUUUCUUCAGUAUAGUUUCAGGAUAGUUUCGUUCGACACUAAGCAAUCUACACCCUCCUUCUCCGCUUGGUUGAUAAAAACGUUGAAUUGGGGUGUAAAGCAUCAUGCAUUGUCAGGAGCCUACUGGUUUUGUGAUCCACGUCAGUCAGUUCAUUUUUCGUCCAUUUUUUCAACUAUCCAAUUGUUGAUAUCCUUAAAGACAUUGCAACAAUUAAGUUUUGAAGUAAGGAAUUUCUUCACUCUCAGAGUAUACUCUCCCUUCAUUCUACUCUUCAUUGCCCCAUGCAUGAUGUAAUCAGCGUCGAACAAGACCAAAUAUUUUUUUUAAAAAAGUCUUUAUGUCCAAUACGCUUUUCUAACAGGUAAUUUUAUUCCCUAUGACUUAACUAACUUGACUCCUGUCAUUACCAUCACGGCAUUCUUUUAAAUUCCAGAAUCCGUACUGAUGUCACUGCUAAACACACAUUUAGGUGAUUCACAUUACCCUCUUCCUUUCCCCAACUGAUAUCAGCUCCAAAAUCACGUAGCAUACAAAUGCAACUAAGGGGCAACAUUGAAAUCACAAACAACAGAGGAGAAAGGGAAUCCCUCUGGGAUAUCCCUCUCCUUAUUGCCACUUUACCCAGAUCCCUGCCACAUGCUGUUAACUGUGAUUUUGGGUCUUCAAACUUUCCCUUAUUAACCGUUUGAUUUUGUUUGCAGCACCUACAGGCUACGGCGUUUCCAUUAUCCACGAAUGGGGAACUGAAUCGUUGGCUUUUUUUGUAAUCUAUUCAGCAAUCGCCAAGUUAGUUUUCUCUUGCUUUCAGUCACAUAAUAUUGUUCUAUCUAUAGUCAAUAUCGAUCUUUCGUUCCCCUACUUUUCUUCCGGCAGCCUUUCCUUUCAUUAGGUAGUAUUGAGCUUUAAGGUGCUGGUAUUGAGCUUUAAGGUGCUGGUACAAAUCAUCUACUUUAAUCCCUAAGUGCAAUCCACAUUAUCCAAUAUCCAUGGACAUACACUCAGGAACAGUCCCGCAUUCAAUGCAUUCUUGCAGCUGCAUCCUCUACACGCUCAUGUAGUUUAUUCAUGUUCUUUAGCCAGAUUCCUUUAACAUAGUCUGGUCCUGCUGCCAGUUUGGCAUCUUCUUGAGGUUGCUCCGAGUUUGUCAAGAUCAAUAAAUUAUUGAUCUAAUAAUAAUUAUUAUUAAUGUUUGAUAAGCCAUCUUCUUGGUCUACAUCGAUCUUUUCCUUCGAGUUAUUUAGCCAUACUAGAUCCCUGCUGUGCUCCACCGGCUGGUCCCACAGCUUACUCCAAACUCUCUGACUUCAGUAGCAUCAGGGAUAGGAUGUUCACUACCCUUUUGGUCACCUAGCUCGUUAUAUAACUGUCUCUGGUUCGUAUCAAAUAAUCGAUUCUGCCAAAAUUGUGUAAUUUGAUGGCUGUAUCUUUUAGUCUUAUGGGGCUUCGCAUUUAUGCGCUGUUUCAGUUCCUCGAUGACAACUCCAACGCCCUUGAGUUCGAUUUUGUACAUUCUCAACAGCUGGUUUUUAAUUCUAACCCUACGACACUCAUUACAUUGGAUCUGCUCUAGUUGACUAAGUUCUCUCCCAGCUCGACCGUUCGAACCGGAUACUUUUCAGUUCAGUACGGACUUGGCUUGCAACUCGGUUGCGUUACUUUAAUAAGUCCUUUCUCUUCCCUCAACCUUACCAUGAUUCUCUGCCAGUAUCCUUUCCUCUCCGGGCCACAAUGAAAAUACCAUUCCAUCAGAAUCCUGUUCUCCUCGAGCGAACAUCCUCUGCUCUCUUUUUCAACCCGUUCUCUUCAACAGCAGCCAGGGGACUACGGAGAGGUGAUGGCUGCUGUUCCCCUGCCACCCCGCCGGGCUAAGUAUAUUCGUCACUGACUCCAGUACCGUUUACGUCUUUCCUUCUACUAUUAGAAAACAUAGUCGUCGUCACAUCGUUCAGGAAAUGCCAUUUUGUUUGUGAUGCCACCACUAUCCAGGAUGCCAACCAACCCUAUCCCUAGUGGGGGUGGCUAAAGGGUUACUAGCGCUUGCCAAUGGUCCUACUCCAAGUAAGACGGUUAUUGUGGACAUUGCAGUUUCUGGGGAAGUAAUGUUUUUCAGAAGGAAAUAAUUUUAAAAGGGCGAGGGUGUCCAGAUUCUCUUGAUAGGCUGAGGUACCAACUUGUCUUACCAAGUGCUUGGAUUAUUUUCAUUAUCAUUAAAAUUAUUAAGCUAAUUUCAGUUUGAUAUUCGACAGAGGUGGCUAGCGUAAGAGGCUCACUAGGUGUCCAGGGAGUCAUUUUUAACGUGAAACCAAUAGCUCGUAGGCUGCUGGUUCCCGAACAGACGUUGAAUGAAAUUGAGAAAUUCUGGAAUGACGAAAACAAACAGCUGGAAAUAGUUUUAGAAGAGUGGAAGAAGACAACUGAUGACCAUAAUCUAAGUGAAAUCCUUCACAGCUUGGAACAUGAAGGUAUGUUAUACUUUUUACUAGUAAAUAUCUUUUACAUUUCCUUGCAUCAAGUCCAUUUCUUACACUAGAGAGUUUUGGAGAAGUAGCUGCGAUUGUUUGUUCACCGUCAUGUCUUCAUCGCGACAGCAGGAUGAAUCACUCAAUUUUCUUACCUGAACCUGCCUUCGGUUGGGCUUAGUGCGAAGAACUUUUUUAGGGAUGAUUCUCUUUAGGUUACGUGGGUAGCUAUGGUGAGUGCCUGUUAGCUGAACUUGAAGAUUACGGCAGUAGGGGAGUAAUCAACUACCGGUUCUGAUUAUAUCUAACCGAUUGUAAAGAACCUACCCAAGAGAAUAACACCGUGUCUGAGGCUGAGACGACCUUGUGCAGUGUACUACAAGGCUCAGUUCUAGGAUCCCUUUUAUUUCCCACCGUAUCUCAAUGAUAUUCCCAAGUGUUUCUCUCCCAUUAUUUAAUCGAAUUGCCUUCCCCUACCAAGUAUACUUUUCAGAGAUUGUUGCUAUCUAUGGUAUAACGUACAAAGAAAGACAGAACCAGUUAGCCUAAAACUAUAGUAUUAUCCAUAACUAUACAGAACAAGACCUAUGUGUAACGAAUCAUCUUAUGCAAAGUUCUCUAGGACCCAUAAAAUGUCCGCAUCUCUCUCGAGAUUCGAUACUGAAAUCUGAAACUCUAUUACGUAUUCAAUAAAGUGCUCAAUUUAUCGUCUCUUCAGAAAAAAAAAAAGAUAAAGGAUUUGCUGCUUGAUUUCUUGUAGUCAGAGGAAGAUUAUGUUAAAGUCCUCUUCUAUCAAGCUUACAUUAGUUUGCUACUCUCUUAUCACGGAUGACGUGAAAAUAUGGGCAAAGAAGUGGCACACAAGCUGCAGGCGAGUUUGGCUUUUUUUCUGCAGGACACGAAAAAAGGCUCACGGAAAAGAAUACGACGGACGUCAAAAUCCUUACUUGAGCCUACCUUUGGCAAGCAUUAUAUAUGACGCAACUUUGUCGUCCUUUUCAUUGAUAUUUGUCUUUGAUGAACGAUGGCGUGGUGUGAAAAUGUUAAGCUUAGGGUUACCCGAAGGCUGUUGCAAUAAACAGUCAUUUCCUUAGGAUUCGUCGGUUACGCAGGUUCAAUUCCCCGCAAAGGUCUGAAGCUCCUUACAUUAAUUUUGCUCGGUCUUUAAAUAUGUACCACUUCACUUUCCUCACUUAGUAUAAUUGGGCUCCGUAACCCGAACGAGAUCCAAGAUUCCCUAUUCUUGUUUCUUUUUUUCUUUUUUUUUUUUUUCAAUUUACAACUUCAUUCUGUCAGUAACAACAAGUUAUGCAAUUCACUAUAAUUCUACUUCGUUUGUUUUGUCAUCAGAUUAUAAGAUAACAGAAACUGGUCAGAUGCAUAUCAGAAAUCUUAGACAAGUGGUGGGAAAAGAAAAGCAGUGCAAAAAUGCUGAAAUAAAAAAACUGUAUUUCCCGACAGAGAUGCAAGCUGUAUGCAAGAUGGCGUUGGAAGACUGCCUUAUUGAGCUAGAGGGUUCUGAGCUCGACGAUUUCGCCGAAAGACAAAAAUCGAUUCAAGAAAGAUAUGACAUGAUAUGCUCAUCAUCAGCUUCAGAAAGCAUCUCAGAAACAUGCCAGAUCGAUAUUCCAAAACUGGUUCAAGACAUUAAGGAGAUAUUUCAUCACAAGAGUAAAACAGACGUGCCCAAUGGCCUCAGGGGGCUGUUUGGGGAAGAACUAGAUGCAUUUAGACUCAAAAUUAAAGACGCCCAAGAAGCCAAAAACCUUGGGAGUAUUGUGGUUGAGGUGGGCAACGUUCUCGCAAAGUUGUGUGAAAAUAAUAGAGGUGAUCAAACUACCGCCUCCCAAAUUCAAAUUUGGCGUAGAAGCCUCAUGAUCCCCCGCAUGUUAGAUUUUCUGGAGAAGUUUUUCGAACGUUGCCGGCAAGAUUGUAGGUUGCUCAGGAGAUUAAGAAACUUAUCGGAGAAACAAAGUGAAGUAAUGGAUGGUUCCCAAAAGGGAAACGAGCUUCUACUCAAAGAUGCUUCCAACACUGCAAUGCGUUUGAUAGACUUUACCAAGUUUGAACCAUCCAAACUAGUGAGAUUUCGACUCAACUCCUCUCCUCACGUUGUCUAUAACAGCGGAAUCAUAAGUCACAACAGAAACAAUGACGUAUUCUCUCAGGAGUUUACUAUCACGGAAGGACCGUCUGGGGAAAUCCAACUUCGUCCAACCGUGUGCACUGUUCGCCUCGACGGGCAAGCUCUCGAGAAAAAGCGUGAGGAAUGUGACUGUGUUCUCACUUUUACAGGAGCACGGCUUAAACUGAGUUACGAUUGGUCUCUCAACAAACUGACGGCUUCAAAUGUCCAAUCAGCUGGUGAUUUUCACACUCCACUAGAGGAACAUAUAGGUAUGAUAGAGUUGUAUAGUUGUAGAGUAGAGUGUUUAUAUAUAGUACUAAUAAUUAAAAUUAUUAUCGUCACAAAAGGCCAAGUAAAGACCAAGAACAACUGAUUUCUCUAAAAGAAAGAAGAGAGAGAGAGAAGGAGGGAGAGGGGGAGAGAGGGGGAGAGAGGGGGAGAGAGAGAGAGCGGGCGGGCGCAGGCGGUGUUUUUUUUUUCCGUUUUGUUUCUUUUUUUUUUGCGGGGGGCAGGGGGAUUUACGAUUCCUUUUUUAUUAUUGCUUACUGAAUGCCUUCUUUUCAAAUUAUUGAACACUCCUAGGAAUUAAUUGGAGUACUACGGUCAAAUAAUAAUACAUGAAAGGUCAGAUAUUGAUUGAACACAAAUUUUACGAUAUAUCUCCAUAGGUAGGGUGCAUAAAAAACGUCAAUAUAGGACUCCGUGUUUGAUAAAUGCCUCGUUAAAAUUAAAGCCUGUUGUGCAGGACUGUAGAAUAAUUGGGGUAUUCCGGGAGCUAGGGACCUUUUGCUUAACCCAUGGGACAGAAAAGGUUUGAAGAUUUUGAUAUAUUAGAGCGACCAUUUUUUUCGAAUAUUCAGCAAGGCUGUUCGAAAGUUUAUAAAACCUGUGGUAUAAGACCGUAUAAAAAUUUCUGAGGACGAUACGAGGUCAGCAGUGUUAUGUACAAGUAGCGUUUUAUUCGUAGACAAAAUGGAUCAGUUUAUUCGGAGAGCUCAAUCUGUAGACAAUACGCCGUAUGAUUUGAACUCAGAAUAUUCUGUAAAGAGAUGCGUUCAACUUUCACCGUGUUCACAUCAGCCGUCGAAGCGUCUCUCAAAGGAUAUGCCACCCGAAAGCUUCGAUGCAGUGGAUGAGCCGCAAUAAAAGGGGGUGGUAGGCCUACUUUUACCUCUUGCCAAAGUGCUGCUCGUUCCAAUACGUUUUUUUCCUCUGCUUUGGAAGGUUCUACAUUUUCACUGAGCAGAUGUGAUUUUAGCCCCUUGUUUCACUCUGAGAGGUCAUGUCACACAUAUCGAUCUACUGUGGUUUUUGUUUCUGGCCGGCAGGAUUUGCCCUCUGAUGCAAGAGUAUUUUCUUUGACCGCUUUUAAAGCGUAAAGCUUUUUAUCACGGCUAAAUAAGGGUUAUAAUUUUCUCCCAAGUACCUUUUGGAUCUGAAUAACGGAGAAAGCUUUUCUUUAGUCCGUGAAUAUAAUGUUUUUUAUGCAAUGUUGUAUCACGCUGGAUCCAGCGCGUUAGUUUUCUUUGCAGGAUGUUCAGAUUUUCACGGAUAGUGAUUUACAGAUCCAAAAUUAUAAGAAUGAAGUGCAGCUUAAACUGAAACUGUAUCAACUACGGAGAAUUGCAUUGUGACUUAGUAGACUCUAGCUUAGUGAUUUUUCUGAAGAUAAUACAAGUCUUUUGACUGGAGCGCGUAUUUCCUUCAUUAGUAACAGCAUUUGAAUAAGCCUAAAGUAUUUGGACUGUGUUAUUCCCGGUUAUUGCCACUUUGGGAUCAGGCAAGACCAUGGUUUCGGUUCUCCACGCGAACCUCAUUAGUUGCCGGUUUGGCUUUGUGCUUACCGAGAGCAACUUUAGUUGUUCUGUAUCGUGGAGAGAACAGCACAGCCGUGAAAUAGCAUCGACUUGCCAAAUCUAUUUGGUAAGAGUCCAAUAACAUCCUGGCCUUUCAUGAUAGAUUCGAAACACUUUACUUGAAGAGGUUUAAAUUAAGCGAUAGAAAAUUACCAUUACUCAGGCCGAUGCCAGGGCCUUUUCCCGCCCCACCUCCAAAGCCAGGGAAAAGCGCCCUGGGGACGAGGUUGCAAGUAAAUGCUAAGAAACCACUCCACAAGAAAACCAACAUGCUCAUAUAUCUCCUUAGACUAGCUUCUCCAAGAUACUUUUAACAAAAGCGCCGCCGAUUUAAUGUGGAGCGAUGUGAUAAAUAACGUCCUCUACUGGGAUGUGUCCAAUAUCUUUAUUCAAAGGGUCAGUAAUACAAUCUUCAAAGUUUUUUUUUUUUUAUGGAUUAUGCCGAGCGUUUUUCAUGUUUAACGAUCCAUUUUCAGACAAAAGAAACAUUUCUUUCAAAUUGUUUCAUUUUUUACGCCAUAGCCAUUUUUAUUCAGCUUCGGUCUCAUGUUAAAGGGAAAAGGAUACUACCGAAUUCUGCCUAUUGAUCCGCGUCGGCUGUAAAAUCGCAGUGCCAUGACUAUUUGCGCGCUCACAAAGGAUGCCGCGCACGUCGCGUCCUUUGACUCUCUUGCUGAAGUGUUAGCGAUACAACGAUAUAAUUUAACUUAAGCAAAUCUAUAAUCGAAGCUUUCGCGCUAGUCUCCUUUUAAGAGAAAUGCUGGUAACUGAAUAAAGUCACAACACGCUUUAAGACCGCACAACUUGAUCUUUCUGGUAUCAUUUGUUCCUUUAUUGUCUCAAAAACAAUCACGAUGUUUCACCAAUUUCCACCUACAAAUAAUAAGAGACAUUUGAUUAAUGAGCUGUUGGUAGGAUAUAAGGGAAGAUAAAGCCACUUCAAUAUCACUGACACUAUGUGACAUACUUUCUGAUACUACAUUUUCAUUCUGAGCAUUACAUAUGCAUUCUUUAUAAGAAAAAAACUGCUCCUCCUACGAGUCCCUUAACACAUUCAUCGUCCCCCGUGCAGAGGUUUGUUUCAAAAUUAUUUUUGUCAGUUAUACCAUUUUAUUGUCUUUUUCGUUAAAUUUUCCUUCUUUCAUUUGGUAUCAUUUGCUGUUUCUUUUUUAUAAGUCUUCUCUUGAAUUUCGGUAUUCAUAGAGAUACCGUGGUAUAAACAUAUUCUCUGUCAGUUGUACGCAUCACUCUGUCGGUGUAAGCUAUACGUCCUAGGCUGUCGGUUAUAAACCUUCACUCUGUCGUUUGUACGCAUUCCUCUGUCGGGUGAAAAUAUUUACACUGUCGGUUGUACGUACUACUCUGUCGGUUAUAAACAUUUAGUCUGUCGGUUGUAAAUAUUUACUAUGGCGGUUGUGUACAUUACUCUGUCAGUUAUACGCACUACUCUCUCGGUUGCAAACAUUUGCUCUGUCGGUUGUACGUUUCACUCUGUCGGUUGAAACAUUAAAGGAGCUAUGUCACGACCUGCGCAUGUGCAGCGUUUUAGGCUGUUCUGCUGAUUUUCUCAACUUUCCGCCAUAUUGGAUUUAACAAACCUGGUCGAUUUUUGGCAGCAAACCUCUAUUUUCUACAUCUUUUGAGGACUUAAAGAGAAACUACAAUACCAUGUCAGUCUUUCGCCGUUUUAGUAAGCCAUGGAGGCGCACGAUUCUAGUCAGGUUAGUAAUCGCUUCCUAUCUAUCGAUAGAUCGCCAUGUCACAAUGUCUCCAGUACGGAGAUUUCCUGAGAGUUUUUCUUAUUUUGGGCAACAUUUAAGAAUACUAGUCUUGACAAACUUGUCGUGUAUGUUCUCUUUUGUAGCCGAAUCGUAUUUACUGCACAUGCAAGAGCACUUGCUCGACAAAAAGAACAAGUACCGAAGUGUCAUGUGGGCAGGACUGUAAAUGUGGGUCUCAGUCAAAGCCGUGUCGAAACAAGGUAAUCUGUUCUCGAAAGGUUGAUAAAAUGUUGGAUCUAUUGUUGAUUUUUAUACAAAUUUCUUGAAAGAGGUGCAAAUUUGCAAUCUUUGGAGAGAAAACGUUUGUUGUUUUAGUAAAGGAAAUGUGCUGUAAUCCCCACGAUCUGUCCUGCAGAAUUAUUAUGAGGUCCUGUACUGUGUUAAUAUAUUUUUGGAUAAAUGCUCACCGAUUGUUUUUUUUGGUAUGGCAGUAUACCUUGUCAGUCUACAUUUUAGUGUCACACUUCUCCUCUACAAAUGUAGUCAUUAUACUGAACAAAAAUAUACACUAUUGUUUGUUUUCCUGAUAUUUUACCUCUCUUUGACAGGACUGUAUUCAAACUUUGGAUGAGCCAAUGGUGCACAAACUGUGUGUCAGAAGUCUACAAUGUGGAUUAGGGAGCAUGGACUACAUACAUAGUCUGCUAAUUAUGGACGAUGACAAUGAUAGUGACACUGAGAGUGAGCAUUUUGAUGUGUACAGAGAAACCCCACAGGAGUCUGAAUCCACUGAUAGCCAACAUGCUUCAGCAGUUGCGGGACCAGCACCUAACCCUUCUGCUGCAUCAAACUCACUUCCCUGGUGUAAAUGUAGCUUUUGUAUUGUUGUGGUCAGAGAAGAUGUGUUACAACAUUUGCAAGGUUGAGCAAGCUUUGUCUCGACCCAGAUGUGUUAGAAAUCGAGCAGCAGCACAGUGAUGAUAACAGUACAAGGGCCUUCAGGAAGGCUGCAUACAGGCAAUUUAUUCUUGAUCGUUAUGGACAUCUAGGGAAGGGUAACAGAAAGGUCUGUCCUUCGUGUGUGGUCAAAACUGUGCGCAGACAUUAUCCUUCGCAGACAGGUGUGUACAUGGGGGACAGACCCGAAUGAGACAACCACCAUGGAACUGUGUUCUGCAUCUCACGAGAAUAGCUAGACUUGUAUUUCCCCAGUUUGUUCUUUCUCUAGUUCUUCAGAACUUUAUUAUAAUAUUUUGUUAUUUCUAAGUCAUGAACGGAGUCGGCAACCAUCUUUUUCAUGUUUCCAUAACAUAUCCAUUUCCACCCCAAGAAAGGUCAAUAAUAGGCUUAUUUCAUGUGGAGGGUGGUUGUAAAGGCCAAAUUUUAAAAAGAGAGUAGGGGGAAAACCUAAAAACCUUCACUCAGGGGAUUAUAGAUUAUUUUUCUUGAUCCACUCCUUUAGUUUGUUACAAUGUUAUGCUUUUAUUGUAAGACAUUUACAUCAUUUUGUGAAGUAAAGAAAUCAAAGUGUUACAUCAGCAUGAAUUUCAGACGAUUGCUGAGAGGAGAUGACUCGAAGUAAUCGUCUGAAAUUCAGGUUAAGUCAUGAUUUACAAAAUUUGCAAUCAACUUAGUUGUGGUUGUUUCAUGAACUGAUUUCAAAAAUAACAAUGCAAUGAAAUUGUUGUUAGAAAAUGUCAUCUACAAUGGAGGUCAAAAGUGUUGGGACCUUUUCAGUGAUAUUAGUAAAACUAGCAAACCCUCUCCCCUCCCACCCCAAAUAAAGUUGAAUUUUGAGCAAAUGGGUGGAAUUGACUGCUUUAUUUGGCCACAACAUUGCUGGGGGGGGGGGAGUGGGGGGAUGACGGAAUUAGCCCAAAGCUGAUCAAAAAAUUGUCAUUAGGAGCAGAGUCCUAUGUAACAGUUACUUGGAAGGGCUUUUUCACACAGUCCCAAGUUCUUUUCUCCUUCAUUGUAGUUCUUUGUACUAUAAUACAGUAGCCUGCAAAGAAAGUAGUGUCUCAUAGCCCAGGGCCUAUGGGUAAGUCAAGUUUUUUGAGGAAUUCACAUGACAGAAUAACAGUGUUAAAUCAAUUCUGCUCACCAAAAGUGUUGGGGCUAGUUGAAAUGACAUCUGGGCUACUAAAUGCUACCUUCAGCUUCCCCGAAGCUGUGAAACUGACUUUCUUUGCACUCUGUACAUGUACGUAAAGUAUGCAAACAUUAUUUGUACCAUUUUAUUUCAUACAUCUAAACUUGUUGGUGUUAAUAAGGACUGUUAAGUCAGUGACUGACUUAAACAUCUGUAGUGGCCGAGCCACUCAGGCUAUCCUCGGUGCAAAAUUGCAAUCACAUAAUCAUUCAUUUUAACAUACCCCCAAAACAAAAGAAAAAUUAAUAACCUUUCAACUUAUAAAUAAACAUGAACAAAUUACCCAUUAUCAGCAAUUACAGCAAAGUGAGCAAGACGAUUGAAAAAGACACAUUUCAGCCUUUAGGGCAAUAUCCUACUGAUGAAAAGUUCCAACUUAGUUUUAGAUAUUUUGAGCAACAACAAUUUUCCGUCUGUCCUCUUUGAAUUUUUAUUACUACUUGAGGAAUUCUCUGAAUGAUCUUCAGUACCAGAUUGAAAUCUGCUCUUACGUGCCAUAAAAAGUUCCUUUGAAGGGGGUGCCUGUUUUUCAGCGAUGGUGAGAGCCAGCAAAGCAGGGUCGCUUUCAUUCAAAGACAGCCACCUCGUAACACUAUCAGUAUCUUCUUUUCUCAUGUUAAAAAUCUUCACCAUCAUCACUGGAAUGUACUCAAACUUUUUCUUGACUGUGAUAAUUUUCACGUCCCAAUCAUUUGUUCGCUGAUUGUACUUUCUGGUUACUAUCUGCUCUCCUGCUUUUGUUGUUGCUGCUUCAAGGUUCAUAUGGAAAUUCCAAUAAAUGGCUGCAAGCUGUUUGCAUGCUUUGUGAACUUUGUUACUGUAACACAAGUAUGAUAACAAAAAGAUUACUAUUCACUUUUCCUUUAUUAUUUUUGUUUCAUAAUCUGCAUUGUAAAAUCAGUCUCAAUAAAAGUCGUUUCAAAUUUUGGAAAUUCUUCCCUUUAUUGCUGAGUAGUAAGUGCAGCUGAAUCCCAAUCUGGUAGGUUAGGUUCUAGACUUGAUCUUACCAGUCACUGGUUUUGAACCAUAAAACUGCCACGCUUUAAUAGCUAGCUGGUUGCAGCAUGCCAGGUGGGAUUCUUUCUUGUCAUGUUUACAUGUACAUUGUCUAUAUAUUAUUAUUAGUUCAACUGGAUCAAAAAGGUCUCGCAUGACAUUUGACGAAGUGUCAAAUUUUCCUCGUUUCACAGGCGUUAACAUAAUAAACAAACCUGUAAGAGCAUCGUUUUGAAGUAUAAACCAGUGAAAGGCUGUUGGCACACUUGAGUUUGCCUGUGUGUCUGCAAUCAAAGGUAAAAGAACCACUAACCAUGAAAAAUUUAUUGUAAUAUAAUGCAUGCAAGGCAUUAUUGCCAUGGAAAUGAAUGGAAAUGCUACUAGGAUUAGCAUGCAGUCUCCUUUUUAAUGACCAAUUUCUAUUCUCCAAGUAACUGCAAAGAACUGUGAUACAUUGUAUGACUCAAUAAAAGUCUCCAGAGACACCACAGGAACUGCAAUAAAUUAUGAAAAACUGGAAAAACAAUGUGCAUUAUCUUGGAUGACUCUGGUCAAUGCUUAAUUAAAAAUUGAUCAAUAAAUGAAUCAAUGAAAAAAUUUAUCAAUCAAUGAAUAUAUUAAAAAUUAAAAAUUAAAAAUAUUAAAAAUUAAAAUUUAAAAAAAAAUUGAAUAUCAACAUGCCAAGAACUGGUUUUAUUUAGUUGGUAGUAAUAUCCUAAGUAAAUAAGCUCCCAAAUCUUGAGAGCCAAAGAUUAGACAUAAGGGUUGCCUCUCAGCCAGUGUCACAUUUAUUGGCAAGAAUGUUGUCUCAAUAACUAAUAAUUUCUCAGGAAAAACAAUCAUUACCAAGGUUUGGUAUUUUACCUGAAUCGCACAUAAUAUUUAAAACUGUUAAGAAGCUUUGGUUCCAGGAUAAUUUUCUGGAGGGCCGCAAAAUAAUAGUAAUGUGAAGACAUUUAUUCAAUCUAGAAUCAAGUACAGCUGCAGUCUCACCUUCAAUGUGGCUUCGUUUUGAGGAAGGAACUGGUUUGUGGAUGAUGCCUCUCUCUCUCCUUUUUUACAAACGGUAGAUGCACUAUCCCUGUAAAAGAAAAUAGAUACAUACAUUCAAAACAACUGAUUAACUCAAAAUAAGACCGCCAGCAAACAGAUUGAACAGACAUUUUAUGCAUUUACCUUCUUCUUGUCUCGAGCGAUAGAAGAUGGGCAGCAAACAUGGAAUCGUUGUCGUAUCCGCACUUGAUCCUCGUAGAAACCCAAGAGUAGAAAAGUGUUCCAUCCAACGAAAUCCUUUUACGAGUCUUACGCCAGAACUGAAGCCUCGCUGAGUUGCUAGCGAAGAUUUUCUUGCGGCCGCUUCCUGAUCGGCGACCGCCAUGAGAGGACAUUUGUUACCUCCAAACAGUUGACCUCAAAUAAGCCGUUGAUCAGAGUCAUUGAAACAAAAACACACAGGAACCUUCUAAAAGGGCUGUACAAUAGUAACUAACGUUUAACUAUGCGAACUGUAAACGGAUGGCUGCGAUGAAUAACGAUAAACUCCUGAUAUUGAAUCACCCGCAGAACUUGAAAAAGUUGGCGAACGUUUUCAAGAUGUAACGCUUCAUCGCGCACAUGCGCAGUGUGUGACAUAGCUCCUUUAACUCUGUCAGUUGUACGUACUCUUGAUGUCGGUUGUAAACAUUUACACUGUCAGUUGUACGUAGUACUCUGUCGGUUGUAACAUUAACUCUGUCAGUUGUACGCACUACUCUAAAAAUGCUUCCAACCGACGGAGUAGUGCGUACAACUGACAGAGUAAAUGUCACAACCGACAGAGUAAAUGUUACAACCGACAGAGCAAUGUAUACACAACUGACAGAGUAGUGCGUACAACCAACAGAGUAAAUCUUUGCAACCGACAGAGUAGUGAGUACAACUGACAGAGUAAAUGUUACAACCGACAGAGGAGUUUGACUAAUAGUCGCGGGUCGCGGGUCGCGGGUCGCGGGUCGCGGGUCGCGGGUCCAAAGUCGCGGUCGCGGGUCCAAAGUCACGGUCGCGGGUCCAAUGUCGCGGUCGCGGGUCCAAUGUCGCGGCAGGGGAAAAUGAUUUGGGGUUCGAGGUAACAGCUGAGUGAAAACGACUGAUAUGAACACAAUAUAAAGGGAAAAAAUCUUUUUUAUGCAUGAUGCUCUACGGUAGCCAAUUUACAGGUUACGGAUGUUAGAGUCAACAAAAUAGUGUCUCAAGAAAAGACCUAAAAGAAAAAGCCGGCCGACUUUUGUGUUCACCGCAAGUUCAUUUUGUUUUCUUUCUAUCGGGCCCAGUUAUGUGUAAAUUAAGCUUUGAAUAUACUUAUGCAUAACAGUAUCUGAUAAAAAAGUUACCAUAAGUUACCAUUGCUUUCUUCUUGUCUAGGAAUUGCUCACAAAUGCUUAGGGGUGCAUUCUCUGAAAAAUGUGCGAUACACUUCAUGGACUAUAAUUAUAAACGUUACAACAACUUAAAACCUUUUUUAAAAAAGGCUAACUGGGGCUCGUAAAUUGGCUACCGUAGAGCAUCAUGCAUAAAAAAGAUUUUUUCCCUUUAUAUUGUGUUCAUAUCAGUCGUUUUCACUCAGCUGUUACCUCGAACCCCAAAUCAUUUUCCCCUGCCGCGACAUUGGACCCGCGACCGCGACUUUGGACCCGCGACCGCGACAUUGGACCCGCGACCGCGACUUUGGACCCGCGACCGCGACUUUGGACCCGCGACCCGCGACCCGCGACCCGCGACCCACGACCCACGACUAUUAGUCAAACUCACGACAGAGCAAUGUAUACACAACUGACAGAGUAGUGCGUACAACCAACAGAGUAAAUCUUUGCAACCGACAGAGUAGUGGGUACAACUGACAGAGUAAAUGUGACAACCGACAGAGUAGUGAGUACAACCGACAGUGUUACUGUGGACAAUCGACGGAGUAGUGCGUACAACCGACAGAGCAAUGUAUACACAACUGACAGUGUAGUGCGUACAACCGACAAAGUAAUGCACAUAACCGACAGAGUAGUGAGUACAACCGAAAGUCAGUAAAGCGUGCAACCGACAAAGUACUGCGUACAACCGACAGAGGCUAGUAGGUACAACUGACAGAGUUAAUGUUACAACCAACAGUGUAGUGCGUACAACCGACAAAUUAAUGUACAUAACCGACACAGUAAUAUACACAACUGACAGAGUAUUGCGUGCAACAGACAGAGUAAAUAUUUACAACCGACUCUUGAUGUCAGUACAUCAUACUCUUAAUGUCAGUUGUAAACAUUUACACUGUCGGUUGUACGUCCUACUCUGUCGGUUGUAACAUUAACUCUGUCAGUUGUACGCACUACUCUGUCGGUUAUAAUAAUGCUUCCAACCGACGAAGUAGUUCGUACAACUGACAGAGUAAAUGUCACAACCGACAGAGUAAAUGUUACAACCGACAGAGUAGUGCGUACAACCGACAGAGCAAUGUAUACACAACCGACAGAGUAGUGCAUACAACUGACAGAGUAAAUGUUACAACCGACAGAGUAGUACGUGCAACCGACAGAGUCGUGCGCACAACUGACAGAGUAAAUGUUUACAAACGACAGAGUAGUACGUACACCUGUCAGAGUUAAUGUUACAAUCGACAGAGAAGUACGUGCAACCGACAGAGUAUAUAUUUACAACCAAUUAAAGUUGUGAGUACAUCGGACAGAGUUUUGUGUACAACUGACAGAGUAAAUUUUACAACCGAUAGAGUAGUGCGUACAACCGACAGUGUAAAUAUUUACAACCUGCAGAGGAAUGCGUACAACGGACAGAAUGAAGGUUUAUAACCGACAAAGUAGAGCGUACAGCUUACACCGACAGAGUGAUGAGUACAACUGACAGGGAAUAUGUUUAUACCACGGUAUCUCUAUGAAUGCCUAAAUUCAAAAGGAGAGUUAUAAAAAGAAACAGCAAAUGACACUAAAUAAAAGAUGGAAAAUUUAACGAAAAAGACAAUAAAGUGGUACAACUGACAAAAAUAAUUUUGAAACAAACGGCGCGCAAAAUUAUUUUUGUCGCUUGUAUCAUUUAAUUGUCUUCCUCGUUUAUCUCUCAUCCCUUUAUUGGCAUCAAUUGUUGUUGCUUUUUGGUAUGUAUCCUCUUGAUAUUUGGCGUUCAGAGAGAGACUGUCGGAUUAACAUUUACUCUGUCAGUUGUACGCGCUACUCCUUCGGUUGUGUACAUUACUCUGUCAGUUGUACUAACUACUCUGACGGUUGUAAAUAUUUACUCUGUCGGUUUUUAUACACUACACCGUAGGUUGCAAGCAUUUACUCUGUCGGUUAAAACGUAUAAUUGCAGCUGUAACGGGAACAUGUAUCUUUGGUGAUGCAGCAACGUUCACAAAAGAUUGCAGAGUUUUAUUUGGAGAUAUUUUUUGUGCCUUUCUUGGGUUCUGCCUUGGGAUUGACAGCAAUGUGCAGCCUGGGGUGGGGAAAUUUGGCUGCAUUUGACUGGAACGAUUUGCCCGUGGGCAGGGAGAUUGAUUGCAAAUUUUUGAAAAAAGUCAAAUCCCCACCCCAUGCCGUGCCCCCCCCCCCCCGCCGGCAUUACAUUGAUAGGUGCAUAAAGCGUGAUCGAAAACGAUCGCAAGUUGUGAGAAUCGGCGAAUCGCGAGGUUUAAGUAGCGAUCGCGAGUAGCGAUCGCGAGUUAACUGGGGAUCGCGAGUUAUAACUGACGAGGCAAUCGCGAGGUUUGGCGAUAGCGGGUUGUAUCGCGAUCGCGAGUUAUCGCGAGUUAUAACUGGCGAUGGCAAGUUUCGAUCGCGAGUUAGAAGCGGCGAUCACGAAUUAUAAGUGGCGAUCGCGAGUUAAGUAAGUUUUAACGGGAGUUAUAAGUGGCGAUCGCGAGUUGUAAGUCGCAAUUACGAGUUAUAAGUGGCGGUCGCGGGUUAUAAGUUGCGAUCGAGAGUUAUAACUUACCAUCGCGAGUUUUAAGUCGAAAUCGAGAGAUAUAAGUUUGUAUUGCUAUUUAUUAACUUUGAUCGAGAGUAAGUCAAAUCGCAAAUUAUUAAGUGGAAAUGAAAAAUAUCGAGAUGUCCCUUAUGGGCCACCGUACGCUUCCCUCUCACUUAAAGCAGGUGAAUUGAAAACUUUUUUACGAAAAGACGAGAUUCUUGAGUUACCGAGACGGCAAAAUACGAGCAAAAUCUUUUUCGUAGUCCCGACUACGCGAAACAGCUCAACAACUCACCGUAGCCGCAGGACUUACGCGAGAGAAAUAAACAGUCACGUAGUUUUGAACAUGCGCUGUAGCAUGUAUAACCGUAGUCGUAGUCCGUAGUCGCCGUAUCUUAAACUCUCUUCUGUUGGUUGUACGCACUACUGUGUCGGUUGUUCGCACUACUUUGUCGGUACUCUGUCGGUUGCACGCACCACUCUGCCGGUUGUAAGCAUUUUCUCUGUCGGUUGUACGGAGUACUCUGUCGGUUGUAACGUUUACUCUGUCAGUUGUACGUACUACUCUGUCGGUUGUAGACUGCAAAACAGUCCAUAUUUUUGCGUAUUCAAGUACGGGCGAGCAGUCAAACAAAAGGUCUGGAACGAGGCUGAAAACAUAGAGAGAGACUGGGGAGAGACGCUAAAAAUACGGACUGUCCGUUUUGCAUACGUUAUAUUCGUUCGAAUUACCCGCUUCUCCAAGCUACGGGCAAUUCCCAUUGGCUAAAUUUCGAUGCAAGCUGUCACCAAGCUGUCAAGUAAUGUUCUCAACAAGUCAUUCGCGACAUUCCCUACCGUGAUGAAUUGUAGCCUGCGAAAGCAUCCGUUUCUCCUUCGCUCUACGCCGCUGGGAACGUUAGUAGAGCGAAGGAGAAACGGAUGCUUUCGCAGGCUAGAUGAAUUGCUAAAGCUUUCCCUGUACAAUGAAGGAUGUUGAUGCCUGGAUUUGCUCGCAAGAAUUGGGAUUUGUUUUAAAAUCGGAGAAGAGGGAAGCUUUAGAGUUGCUGCUUAGGGGAAAGGAUGUUUUCUGUAUUCUACCAACAGGAUUUGACAAAAGCCUUACUUAUCAGAUGUUUGUUCAUGCCAAGAGUUCUUCAAGUUCCGUGCAACGGCCAACCGUCAUUGUUAUCUCGCCUGGCUCAAAAAGGGAGAUCGGUAGGAAACACACGACUUUUACCUCGUGCAAAAAUGCUGCUUGUUCCAAUGAAUCAAUUUCUCUGUCGAGUAGAUUAUGCUUCGGAAGAAACAUUUUGACUGAGCAAAUGUGAAUUUUGUCCGCUUAAUAAAUAUAUUUCAUACUGAGAGGUCGUGACACGCAUAUUGAUUUUCUCUGGUCAUGAUUUGCCCUCUGUUGCAAGAGCAUUUUGGCUUGGUCCCUUUAGAAAUGUAAAGCUCUUCAUUGCGACUGAUUAAGGGUUUUAGGUUGGUUUAUUUCUCCAAAGUGCCUCCUGGAUUUAAAUAAUUUUAAGCGAUUUUCUUUGUGUCUGUGAAUGUGUCUUUUUCCUGUAAUGUUUUGUCACGCUGGGCCCAGCUCGUUAGCGUUUUUAGCAGAUUCUAAAUUCUCACAGGUAGUGAUUUACAGAGCUAAAUCACCAAGACGUGGACUGGAAUGAGGGGAUUUACUCAUUCUUUUCAAUCGCGAUAAUUGUUCAUUGUCAGUUGGCGUGUUCAGUUCUUCUCUAAUUUGCGAAAGCAUCGCCGUGCAGUUUCCCGGGGCAGUUUCUAACCUUGUUCCGCACGGAGAGCAAACUCUUGUGGAGAAAGAUUCUCCUUCCUCGAGGACAACGAAAAGUUCGUUUUUCAGUAGGUCGGCCCACUUUGGUAACGUUUCUCCUUUUCUGGUAGGCGCAACAAGCACAUUUUCCGACCUUAUCCAUCCACUUGUAAAAUUGCCGAACUGUGUUUUGAAACAACAGCCGCACAUUCUAUAAUUUAUUCCAAGCGCUCGGCUCUUUCGGCUUUCUCCCUCUUCGAGGAGCAGGCACAGGCUUUGUUGUCGUCCUGCCACUUCCACUCAUUUUUGAUCCUCCACUAUAUAUACUACAUUUCACCAUAUACACUACAUUUCACAAAGAAGCAACGCUAAAAACUGCUUUAGAAUUACUGGAUUACAGCGUCAAGAUUCGAAGCCAAGUGCAGACAAUAACACGCGCUAUUCUCCCUCGAAAUCAAUCACCGAGUGUAUCAAAUUCACAAGAGGGCGGAAGUUGUGAACAGAUUUUUAACAGCUGGACGACAUUUUUGAACCCCCUGGUCGGAACGAACUCAUAGUUUGGUAAACGGACAGUCGGUUUUUUUUCUCUCGCCUCACACGCGACUCUUACGCCACGCUUUACCGAUUUCUUUACUGAUUUUGAGAGAAAAAACCGACUGUUUUGCAGUCUAUGUCGGUUGUAAAUACUUACUCUGUCGGUUGUACGCACUACCCUGUCGGUUGUACGCACUACUCUGUCGGUUAUGUACAUUAUACUCUGUCGGUUGUACGUACUUCUCUGUUGGUUGUAAAUACUUACUCUGUCGGUUAUACCCACUGCCCUGUCGGUUGUACGUACUACUAUGUCGGUUAUGUACAUUACUCUGUCAGUUGUACGCACUUCUCUGUUGGUUUUGUACAUUACUGACUGUAAGUCGUGCGCACUACUCUGUCGGUUGUAAAUAUUUACUCUGUCGAAUUGUACACACUACUCUGUCGAUUUUAAACAUUUACUCUGUCGGUUGUGCUCACCACUCUGUCGGUUGUAAAUAUUGUAAGUGGCUCGACAAUUGUUUAACUUUCAAAGCGACUUCGUCAUUAGGCCGUUCUAUAUUCUAUAUUGCUAAGAGAUGAGCUUAGACAGCAGGUAACUUUUUCACAGCCAAUCCUGGCAGAAUGAAGACGCUGUAACAAAUUUUCAUAAAGAGCAUAGUCAUGUUCGUACAUGUGGUCUUCGCAUUCACCAAUGAGGUCUUCUAUUACUUGAAGGAACUGAGUCCAAGAGCUAUCGCCAGAAUUCAUUUCAAAUUUAAAAAUUCGUCAACGAACACUAAGCGUACAGCGUACUCCGAGCGCAAUGUCGCUUACCUUAUUGUGAAAUGACCCAGACACGAACUAGACAGCGCGUUACGCAAUCCUAACGAAGAUUGCCAGCAGACUAGACACAGAGUUAAAGGAUUUUAGGAUAAUGAUAAUCCUAAAAGUAAAAAAAUAAAAUAAAAUUAUACGCCUUUUUGACGCAGAAUUGAAAAAAAUGACAAACGAUCCCUAUUUAACCCCCAUGAUCUGAACCGAUUUCCUAGGGUUAAUACACAAUCCUUGCACCUCGCCUAACACACACCGAGGGGCAAUUGCAAUAAAUUCAAAAAUAAGCAAAUCUCACCAAAAAUAUCACUUAUUUACCUGGCCAUUUUUUUGUAACAUACACGAUAGAUAGGGUAAUUUUUUUUAGGACAAUGAAGAAGAAUACAGACGGAACACGUGAAAACUUUUUUUAAGAGCCGCCACCCGCUUAGUCAAUUUUACCUUUGUCAGUCUGACAGACUAAAGGUUUACAACCGACAUAGUACACGUUUAAAACUGACAAAUGACAACCCCGACCCCGCAUUUUAUUGACACCCUUAUUUUACAUGUGGAAUGUUUUUCUAGCUGCUGCAUUGGCGUAUGAAUGCGCUUUAAAAGAGAAGAGCUAACAUAAAUCUAGGACUGUUGUUUGCAUUUGCUUGCGGAGCCAGUUUUUUUUUAUCUGUCGUGACAUGUAUAGCCUGCGAGAAAGCUCUCCUAUUUGGGCGAGACAUUGGUACCGAAGCAAGUUGAGGGUAUUGUGUGGAGCCAGAUGUUACUUGACUUGUCAAUAGCUGCUUUGUUAAACUAUAGUGUAUGCACCUAAAUUAGUACUACUCUGAACGUUUCGGGAGAGAUUUCAAAUCAAAAUGCAUAUCGAUAAUAAUGGGUGAUGUGAUUAUAUGAAUUCUAUGAAUUCCGUGGUGGUACAUCGUUCAUUUUCUUGCGGAUGUUUGAUUGGAUGUAAAGGCCGAGAGGGCGAAUGUCUGUUCAUAAUUCUUAUCGUGGUGGAUUGGGAGCAGCCUUGGCCCAACACAAUGGGGUAACCAUCCAAACUGUGCAUAAGGGAAAUUCAGACGUAUGAAAACAAAGCGAUUGACCAGGCUUAGCGUCUGCGUCGAACGUAAAAAUGUAAGCAAGUGGUCCCUGGUUUAUUUAUAAGUGAAAAAGUUGCUUUGAAGCUUUUUGUUGACCCAAUUUUUUUCGAACAUUUCGUCGAGUCAGUAUUUUUUUACUCUGGGACGGUAACGAGAGAGGUUAAAAGUGGAAAGUGGGAUUACAAAAUGGCAGAAGCGAAAGAAACGCGAUAGCAUUUCGUAACAUUUUAUGACGGAAAAAGGCCAGGAAAGGAGGGGGAAUUGAAGAGUGUACACUAUUCCCCCUGUCCCACCUUGUCCGGGACCCGCCCUUGGUGAAAGUAAACAAAAUUUCAAGUUCUUUUUCAAUUAUUUAAUCGCCAGAAAUGUUCUAUGUCCAGUUAAAGAGUUUUGAUUUGAUAAAGGUACGUAAUAAUGAUGUCAUUAUAAUAGAAAAAUCAUGUUUUGGUGAACUCUAACUCGUAGUCACUCAUGGUCAUUCGAGUUCAUUCGUGGUCACUUGUGUGUACUUUUAGACACAAUCCGGGGGCUUAGCAGAGAUGUUUCAUCUGGUGAUGAAACACUAUGUCAAUUGCUUGAUAUUACUUCCCAAACAAAACGAUUUUAGACGGAGAAAUUAACCAUGCAAAAACGAGCAGGUUUUCAUCUGACUUCCAAUCACUUAUUAAACAAUUUAAUGUUCAAACGUUUCUUUGUAUUUUCUUUGUGAAUUAUUACUGUUUGAGAAAUUUAGAGAAACGACGAGAAAAGCGCUAAUAGCAAGGCUGGAUGAUUUAAAUCGUAAACGCGUUUUUACACAUCGGGUUGUCUUCGCACUAGACGAAGUAGGGCACAAUUACACCAACGUAGGGUGCUUCUUUGGUUAAAAGUAAUGUGACCAAUAACUUUAAAAGGGAUUAUUUCCUAAGCGUUCAUACUAAACUGAACGCAUUCGGAUUCCCAACAGUUUACACACAUCAAUAAUACUGGGUGGCUUUAGCAACGACAAGGUUUUAAAAGUUAAAGAACAAAUUUUACAUGUGUAGCACGCUUUCUGUUACAAUUCUUUGCCGUGACCACGACGUGAAAUUUUUUAAUGCGACGUUGUUUGGAGGACGUGGAAAUAAACACACGAUGAUGAAUUUUUCUUUCUCUGCUCAAACUUGGGUGCAGUCCCCAAGGAUUCAACUUCAGUGAAAUUUACCUACAUUUGCCGUUUUAAGCAAGUUGGAAUAAACGCAGAAAAGUUUGGAAAAACGCGAAUUCGUUUUAAUAGUGUCAUAUUUCCUACCCUCGCCAUCAAUAUUUUUAAAGCACCCUAUAUAUUGAUAAACGUGACACUCUCAUUUUGGUUUAACCGCAAACUCUUAUGGUCGAAGGAGGAAAGUAUCAUGAUUCGUUGGAAUAAUUGUUUAUUCUACAAAACAAUGCGGAAUUAAACGUAUAUACAAAGUAUUCACUUUCGAUUCUGGAUUCAAAAUUUCCAGAGACUUGAGCAAAAUCGGGACGUUGUUUAUUUUAUGUUUUGGAUUCAUGUGCGUUUGUAAACGUAGCCUUGAGUCAUGAAAGCGACUGAAGUGCUUUAGUCAAUUAACUAAGAAUAACGCUUAGGCUUACAAUACCUUUGGGGACAUUGGAGGGGGGAGGGGGGAGGGGGGAACAGGGGCAUCUGGUGAGUUGUGCGUACCUGUGAUAAAAUCCUGCUACGCCCCUGUAUUAAACGUUUCACCCUACUUUGAACAGAAAGUUGCUUUUUAUUUUCUUUCUCAUUUUUGCAAGUAUUCUGCAGUUCGCCCGGUAUUUUCUCGUAACUUUUAAUUUCCAAGCAAACUGGAACUGUUAAGAAUUCCCCUUCCCCCUCCCCCCGUCUUUGAGUGAACUCUCAUUCGGUCUGAUUCACAAUAAUUUUCGAACGGUGACAAAGUGAAAUUUGAAAUGACAUUUUAUUUUGGUAUUUUAAGGUCCUUUUUUUUCCCGAUAGCCACAAAUGUUUUGAACGUAAAGGCUUAAGUGUCGGUGUUUUUCACGACUCUGCUUGUAGACUGACCUCACCACCAGUAUUACAACACGGGCAUAAAUUCUGAUUCGACAGGGUCAAAAAGUAACUGAUGGGUCUCUGAAAAGCAAAAUGCAGUCAUUUUGGGGUGAACAGGUUAUAUAGAUGAUGAACUCAUUCUUUAUAACUCCAUGACCGUAUCCUAAAAGUCGAUCCAGCCCGGGGUGAGCGAACACAAUUUUGGCGCCACUGACCACGCCCGUAUGUUUGGCGGGAAAUUGGCUGAUUGGUCAAAUCUUCCCAACUCGAUGACCAUGCACCUUUCCAAAUCAUUAUAUAGUUGGGACCUUCCGUAAGCAUUUGCAACUAUUUUGAUUUGUUGAAGACUGUUUAACAGUUUCCAUUGCUUUAAUGUCUCGUAAACAACACGUGGUACAUGUUCUGAUCUCUCCCCCACCCCCUUCCGCCAUUCAUAACAAAAAAUUUCAGACCAACACUGAAGGUACGUACAAAAAUAUGAACAUCUCGAGGCAAGGUUCAUCACUGUAACUUACCACAUAAAAGUCUUCUUGUUGUUUGCCAUCGACUAAUUCUGUUCUGAAUACUGAGGUGCCAUAACAACGCACGUUAAAUUCUAAGAUCACCGAACUCAGAGGAGAAUUGGAAAGUUUACGUUUCUCUGCGAGAUUAAUAAGCUUCAGUAGUAGAUCGCCGCGUUACUCGGGUGCGGGAAAAUCUUCUACUUGAGAAAGAAUGGUCGGCUCCGCUACGAAGGUCGAGGAAUGAAAAGCAGAACUGUUGUUUGUUGACGCCGAAGCCAAGAGAAUAGCGGCACGGAAAGCACAAGAAGAUGAGCUUCGGAAGUCUCGAUUGUCAAAACAGUUAGCCCUUGCAGAAGUGGACAUAAAUUCAAAGCAAUAACUGAGGUAGAAGACGAUGAGUCCAACAGCAAUUAGACCCCGACGAUACCAAUCAAUGAAAAUCAAUCAUCGAUUUCGGUCAAUAUUUUUAAUGUAAAUGAAAAAAUCUAUUGAUUGAUAUUGAUUGGCUAAACGAUUAUCACUCACAGAUGCGUUUUCAUGGUCUGAUGAUAAAUUAAGAAAGUAAAAUAGUACAACAGAUCUUUCUUAUAUUGUGCAGAUAGUAGUAACCUGUACAACAAUUUUUUGUAAUUUGAGCAUCAAACUUCAGAUUUGGAUCAAACCAAACUCCAAGAUUUCGUGCAGGAGCAACGCUGGUGUCACCAACAGACAAUUCUACAACACUAAGCUUUUCAAGUUUUUGUCUACUUUCAAUGAUCAUAAGUUCUGUCUUAUCAUUAUUAAGUUUAAGUUUGUCCAUCCACAUCCAUGUUGUAAUCGCUCUGAUACCAAGCUACAUUGACUUAAUGGCUUCCGAUUCAUUCACUUCAUUAUUAGGCUUAAAAGAGGGGUUGAGAAAUGUCAGCGUAUGCAUGCGCUAUAGGAAAAUUCGGUAUUAUUAUUACUUCCUGAUUUCCUGUGUUGUUUGCAGGAUACGAUAUGUUGUGUGGUCGAUGACUUGCUACCAGCAAUGCUUGAAAAAAUAGAGAUUCUCCGUUGCGUGGGCAAAAUUAACGAAAAUGUCAUUUUUUUUCUUUCAAUUAACUCCGCAAUUGCUACUUUCUGAUGAGAAUUUAAAGCCUGUACCGAAUUUCCGCGCUACAAGAAUUGAGAUCUGACAAAGUCACCGUCAGCUGGUCAAAUAAAGGAGCAAAGUGAUUGGAGGGCAUUUCUGACGCGAGCAUGGGGUUUUACCUCGGUGUAAAAACCUGUGAAGUUUUUCCUUGUUUUCUAGUUAUUUUUCCCCUGGCUCUAUUGUGUUUACUUCUCAGUGGCUUCUUUGUAUUCAUUGUUUUACGUCACUCGUAAGUUUCACAGGUUUUUACACCGAGGAUAGUAGUCUACUAGGGUCAAACUUAACCCCGUUGGUGCCUUCCCUUGCCUUCCGUAUGCCUUCCCUUAAUUGAUAUGCAUAAGCCUAUGACGUCACCUCGGAAAGAAGUGUCUUCCUGCAUACUAAUUUGGAUCAGGUUUACUAAUGAAUGUCACUCUACUACAAUAGGAACAAUAGGCUUGCCUAGACUUGCCCGUGAAGUAACUUGAGCUCGGUUUUCGGACAGUCUAUUAAAAGGAAAAUAGGAAUAAGAGAAGCGAUCACCUAGCAACGCGAGAAACGGCUUCCUAUAUCUUAUUUAGCGCUAAAACUCAGAUAUAUAAACAAAACACAUGUGCACAAAGUGGAGUUGAAAAGUCUUUAUUUCCGUUUAGUUUAUGUCUUCUUAUUGAGCUCUAAAACUCACAAAGUAGAACUGAAAACUCUAUUUCAAUUUUGUCUGACGUUUUCUCCGUUCUAUCUCGAGGAAAUGAAAAACUAUUAAAGUCUUGUAAUUUCACGCACUGUUAGUCAGUUAAUUAUGCAAGUUCACAAGCCCAAUUUAAAGUUGAAUACAAAUUUGCUCUACAGGAAAGACCCAAGGGAGCACCUUGACGUAUUAUUAUAAAACAAAUAACUUAAAAAGGAUCAAUUAAAACACGCGACUAGUAAUUGCUAGCAAUAAAAUCUGACACGAGAUACCGUUUAAAACAAAAAGAGUCAAAUACACAGCGAUUUGAAAGAAAUCUAUUAAAACAGUCAAAGAAAGCAAGUCAUGUUUUACUUACCCCUCUCCCUUUUCAAUUUUAUUUCCCUCCUCAAUUUUUUCUUUUUCCCUUCUCCACAAUUUUAUUAUUUUCCCCCCUCAAUGUUUUUAUUCCCUCCUCCACAAUUUUUAUUAUUUUCCCUCCUCAAUGUCUUUUAUUCCCCUCCUCCACCUCCUCAUUUAUUCUAUAUAUUUUUCCAUCCACAAAUACAUCGACCUCCUAGCGACCCUACAUCGACCCCACAUCGACCCUACAUCGACCCCACAUCGACCCUACAUCGACCCUACAUCGACCCCACAUCGACCCUACACUCAACUUUUUUUUAACACUGCUUCGUAAAUAGUGAAGCUAUAUACCACCACCGCCACAUUUCUAUUGUUUUCCCACCACCACCACCACCGCCACCACAUUUCAAUUGUUUUCCCUCCUCCUCCUCCUCCUCCUCCUCGGAGCAUUGCCCGAGCGGCUGCGAAGGAGACUACAGAAAAUCAAACUUAUGACAUGACACCGGCCCUGGGAGUUUUUAAAUAGAUUAUCGAUAUCAUGAUGCGUGUUAUGUCUCUUGUUAACUACGCUUACUAUCAAUAUCUCCUCAUUUUUUAACACUCAUAUCUGAUAAAAAAAUAAAUAACGCUUUGCAUAUAACCUGUGGGAAUCUUUCUGAUAUUUUAUGGAUUCCAUGGCAACCUCAUCUUCCACUACCGCUGAAAGGCGAAAAGCAGAGUCCCCAUCAAAAGGUGAUUGAAAUGAUAUAAAUCAGAGAUACAAACUGGAACAAGUGUGCCCGUUAGAUACCUUUUCACAAAUUUAUGUUGCCCGUGUGUCUUAUCUUCCGAGGGAAAUUAGCAGGAGAAUAAAAAACACGGUCAGUAGUACUUAAAAAAAGGGUUUUACUUGGACACAGGCGACCAACUUAUCAUUUACUUGGAAGAAACAAACCUUUUUUUGCUUUUUGCUUGGAAAUGUGUACAAACAAAAUCCAUUACAUUCUCUUUUCUCUGAGACGGAGACUUUUCAUUGUUAUGACUUCUUAAGUUUUAACUUCUACUUUCUUUUUAUUUCUAAAGAUGGGAAAGCUCCAAAAACAAGUAAAUCGUCGCCAAGUGAAGCCAGGGGUGCUAAACAGUCCGAGGCCACGCCUUCGAGGAGCGCAGAUGGUAUUAUUUCUUUAAUUCAUCAUUGUAAACUAAGCUUCAAUUUCUUGGUCAUUUUGCUAAAGAAUACCACCCUUGGACCUACAAUAGCUUUACUGAUCGCUUUCACUGAAUCAAUAUUAUAUUUGGAAAUUGCCCUCAAGCACUUUACUUAUAGCAUUACAUGUACAAUCACUAGUAAGAGAAUGACGCUUUUGAGGACAUUACACGGUCCAUUGUUGGAGUAGUGCUAGAGUAUAUUGACCAAACAUAGUUACAACAGAAAGUUCAAAGCCAAAAAUAUGCACCAAACACACACAGAUUUGGACAUAUGCUGAAAGACACGUUCUAGUUUUCUUGUCUAAUGGUGCAGUUUCCAUGCGCAUUUUAAACAAAGAAAAUUGUCAUCUUGAGACCGAAAUUCUGCAGAAGUAAAUAACCGCCCUCUUCGACUGAUUAGCGUCCCCUUCUCCACUCAAAAACUGAUUAUAGUAAGCGCUCCGUGUGAUAGCUUGAGUAUUUACUUGUAUAUAUUUACACUAUCUACUUUAUUCCUUUUUGCUCUGUUCAAAAAAGUUGCUUUCUUCGCGGAAAUUGGGAUGUUUCUGUGCAUGUUCAUUGAAAAAUUGUUGAGCGGGGACAUAGAUUUUCCCGUCUUGUAAACCUCUUUCGAAUAAAAUCCUUCAAAAAUGUUACCCCCGCGGGCUUAUUUUCGGAAUUUUAAGAUGUAGUUCUCCAGCAGCCUUAUCUAUCUUGAUGUUUGGGGCCGACCUGCACCUAUUCCAAACAAGGUCUGUGAGUGGCUGGGAAAACAAUAGCGAUGGUGACAUGAAAACAAUAGGUAGUACACGUUAUAUGGACCAAAGAAGUUUGGAUGGGUGCAGGUCAAUCGGAUGUUUGAGGGUUGUAAAUUUUCAUUACGGCUUCGACGAUUAGGCCUGGAAACCCUGAAGAAGAGGUUUUAGAAGGCUUCUUCUUCCCUAUUCCAGGCCAUCAUAUAAGCUAAAUCCCGGAACCCUAUAAACUGUUGGGGACUUUCUGACUAAAAUGAUUCACAUGAAGAACCUGACUCGGUUUUGGCUAGUAAGGUGGAAGGGCCGUGGGCGUGGACUGGUCUCUAAAACAGCACAAUCUUCGAACAUGCUUUGGAAUCGAAGGUGUUGUUACAUUUCCAUAGAUACAAUAACGUGUUAUCCUUUAUUCCAGUCAUCAAGGAUGGUGUCCCCAAAGACAAGGACUUACAACUCCUGUCCAGGAAGCUAGGAGAAUAUUGGAAAGAUUUAGCUUAUUGCUUGGGUUUCGAGAAGCCAGACAUAACGGCUUUUCACAAACAGAAUGAAGAAUUAAGAGAAAAGGCAUUAGAGAUGUUGCUUCAGUGGAGAGCGAAGUAUGGUUCAGGAGCAACCUUCAGAGUCUUGUAUGAUGCCUUGUGUGAUGAAUGUGUAGGCCAAACGGAAUUAGCACAAAAUUAUUGCUGUUAUAGUUAGUCAUGCUGCGUAAGUGUAACCAGAAGAAGAUGUUUUUAGAUGCCAUUAAAGAAAAUGAGGUAGCCAUUUAAGAAACUUUCCGCCGUUUUCAAAAAUUACAGACAGAAAGAAAAAUAUAAAUCUCAAAUGUGAACCUAGUGCGUCAAACCGUGCAGUUAUCAUCUUACGAAAGACCUUACGAGUUAAGCUAAGAAAUAUUUUGCGUUUUAAAAGCUCUUUUUCAACCAUGUAAUUGCUAAAUACGGGUUAGCCUUCCAUUACAGAAACAUAGCAAAAGGCUGUACUACAUGUAUUCACAAAAUAAUACUUUUAACCUACUUGUAACAAAACACACGAGUUUUCAUCUUUUGAAGAAUAAAGACUAAUGGUUAUUGUCAUUAUUAUCAUCAUUAUCUAGAAAGCUGUGACAGAUUCAUCAGCAUCAGCCCUC